GUGUCACACAGUACAGGCACUCGGUUGCUGGGAGAUGGCGGGCCGGCAGCAUGUCGUAGCCUGGCUCAGCAAGGCGGAAUGGGAGCAGGUCCUGGAAUACCUGUACAGUCGGGACUGCAAGCUACAGCGGGAUGCGCUGCACCGGAUAUCUGCGUGGAAAAGCAGGUGAGGAGAGUAAUGUGAGCCCGUGUCAGGGUGCUUUAUCUGCUGUGAUGGGUUGGAUGGGCAGUGGGGCACACAGCCCCCGUGUUCCUCAUAGAGGGGGGGUAGAGAGGAGCAGAGAGUGCAGUGUAUGCAUAUCGCCUGUCAUUUAUUGCUGUCAUUUUUGGGUUCCUUGGUAAUGACUGAAAGUAUUUGUGCAAAAUAAAAUGUCAGUAGUGUAGCAAUUAAAAUAUGGAGACAGGGAGGGGACAACACCAGGCAAGUACUAGAUACCAUCAUUCAGAGUGCCCAACGCAUGAAAGUGGGAGGCUUGCUGGUGUCGCUAGACGCAGACUGAGCUGGGAGUUCCUGGAAAAGAUCCUCCUCACGUUUGAGGUGCCAGAGGGCUUCCUCUCAGCGGUCAGGGCAUUAUACAACUCACCCACAGCAAGGGUCCCAAAUGCAGGAUUCGUCUCAGACCCUCACAAGAUAACAAAUGGAUCAAGACAGGGGUGCCCCCUCUCACCAUUUCUAUCAAUCCAUGGAGUGAAAAUAGGAGACAGAGAAUUUAGAGCGAACCUAUUCGCAGACUAUGUAUUACUGACCCUAACGCAGCCACACAUAUCAUUACCAAACCUAAUGGCAACCAUUGCCGAAUAUGGGAAACAAUCACAUUCUAAACUAAAUGUCACAAAGACGCAAGCCAUGGGACUAGGGAUCCAACCAAACACGCUAGAGAGACUCAAAGCAGCCUUCCCCUUAGACUGGAGAACAGACCACUUAACCUUCUUAGGUAUCAAAAUCCCACCCAACUCAAACAACUUACUGGAAAAAAAACUACACUGCACUCACAAAAGUCAUGGCCACCACACUAAGAUCAUGGGAAGGGAAAUAUUUAUCAUGGGUGGGGAGGAUAGCAGCAGUGAAAAUGAUGCUGCUCCCAAAAUUCCAAUACCUGUUACGCAUUCUACCUAUAGCACUGCCAAACACACACCUAGCCACAAUACAGAGAUUAAUUACCCGAUUCGUGUGGGCCAACAAAAAAACGAGGGUGGCAUCUGGCAUACUGCAACAACCCACCAUAAGGGGGGACACUAAGCUUACCAAGCAUAAAAGACUAUUACAAAGCAGCACAGUUGGUGACAUUCAAAGCAGCCACAGCAGAGGGGGAAGCCCCACAGUGGACCCGAAUAGAGGCCCAUUGGAUCAAUAACCAGGACCUGAGGGACCUCUUUUGGCUCCCGAAAUCCAUGCGCUCACAACACAUAUACCCCCUACCAAUCACUACUUUAACACUACAACACUGGGACGAAGAAAGGGAAGGAACAAAGAGAAAUACGGCUGGACGCGCCAAUCACAUGCCUCUAAGUGGGCAUCCCAUCCCUAGACACGAAACCAUGGGAAGAGCAGGGCUGCACCACGAUUAAACAUCUAUAGAAGGACAACAAACUGUUGCCCUUUCCAGAACUCCAAACACUAUACAACAUACCCAACAGAGCAUUGUUCACAUAUCUACAAAUGAAGUCGCUCCUCAUAGGCGCGACAAUAGAGAGCCAGGAGACAACACAUACGAACAGCAUCGAAAAACUGUGCCUGGCGGGCAGACUCCCCCAAAAAAGCACUGUUGACCAUGUACACCUCCCUACUGAUACUAGACACAGGGACAGCCAUGAAUUUCCAAACAACAUGGCACACAGAACUGGGCUACGAUAUUGAGGCGGAAGCAUGGCAAAGGGCAUUCACAAUACACAAGGGGAAUACACUAUGCACAACCCACCUAGAGACCAUCCGAAAGCUACAAUACAGAUGGUACCAGAGAAACUAGCUGCGAUAUACAGAGGUACACCAAUUGAAUGCUGGAGGUGUAGAGGGAGGAAAGGCUCGACGAGCCACAUAUGGUGGUCAUGUAACAAUAUCAAACCGUUGUGGAGAGGGUGGCGACGGAGAUGGCCAAUAAGCAUAGAAUAAGGUAUACUUUUCAUGAUACCAACAACACUAGGAAAAACAGAAGAGAGAUUGGUAUUCCACCUACUUGUAUCAGCAGUGACCAUUAUAGCAAUAGCAUGGAAAUCCACACAUACACCCACUAGAGAAGCCCUAAUAACCCAAACAUCUCUCAACUGGAAAUAUGAGCUAAUGGCAGACAAGCACAUAGGGCAGAGGAAAUACACAAGUCAAGCGGGGGAGAGAUUGAGAAUGUACCUCAGCGAGCACCAAGGUCAACAAGGGGGAGGAAGGGGACACAUAGAUUAAGAAGGGAAGUAGAGGGGGGGACAUGGCAACGUUUAGAGGGGACUGUACAGCAAGCGCAAAUUACAUACCCACAACAAAAUCACAUGUACUGACUGAAAGGGGAUCAUGAGAUUCCCGAGCCAACUUAUAGAAGGAUCAGUAAUGCUAAAUAGAGAAAAGGAAGGUAUUGUGUAAAGGCGAUAAUGUGCAAAACUGAAAAUGUUCUUGACCCCAAUGAUGUAACAAAAUGUCCUGCAUAACACCCUUCUCUCUUAUUCUGUACCCUGGCGAGCAGGCGCCAAAAGCUAAACAAUGUGAUGCACCAUUAAAACCAAGGUUUUAAAUUGAAAAAAAAAUAAAAUAUGGAAAAUGACUGAAUAAUUAGAUCCUUAGCUCUCUUUCUUGCUAGCAACUUUUACAGGAAUCAGGAAAUGCUGUGAUUCUCUUAGAGAAGCAAUGGAAAACAUGGCUCUAAUACAUGUGUAAAUGCUGAUUGGCAGAAGUCUUCUUAUGUAGAAUGUGGUCCUUGGUCUUGGUGAUCAGGGUGAUGCAGUAGACAUUGCUUAGCUAGAUUUCAGUAAGGCUUUUGACACUGUUGCACAUAGAAGGCUUAUCAAUAAACUGCAGCCUUAAGGACACAUGACGUGUGAAAUGUCAUGAUUCCCUUAUAUUGCAGAAAUUUGGUCCUUAAGGGGUUAAAAGACCACUAUAGUGCCAGGAAAACAUACUUGUUUUCCUGGCACUAUAGUGGCCUGUGGGUGCCCUCACCCUCAGGGCCCCCCUCCCGCCGGGCUCUAGGGGGUGGAAGGGGUUAAAUUGACCUCUUUUUCCUUCGCCGGGCGGAGGACUCUCCUCCUCCUCCUUGUCGCAUGCUCAAUGCUUUCCUAUGGACGCUGGCGUCUUCUCACUGUGAAAAUCACAGUGAGAAGCGCGGAAGCGCCUCUAGCGGCUGUCGACGAGACAGCCUCUAGCGGCUGGAUUAACCCUAAUAUAAACAUAGCAGUUUCUCUGAAACUGCUAUGUUUAUAGAAGAAAUGGUUAAUCCUAGCUGGACCUGGCACCCAGACCACUUAAUUAAGCUGAAGUGGUCUGGGUGCCUAUAGUGGUCCUUUAAGUUUUAAUUCCAAUAUUGUUGAAUGGGUAAGGCAGUGGCUGAAUGACAGGCAACAGAGGGUUGUAAUCAAUAGAGUAUAUCCUAAGACAUGCAAUACUGGAGUGCUUAAUAUUGAGAACUCUAUAGGGGUAGAGAUAAAGUUAUUGAAUUAAUAUUUUAUAUAAUCUAUCAAUAUCAGCUACCACACUUCAAAGUGAUCCCUUCACCACAUCUAAAUUAAAGAAAAUAUGAUAUUGCGAAGUGGAGCGAUAUCAAACUGCAAUACACCCCUAUCCUGCAUGCAGCAAAAUCAUCAAAUUAAAAAUAUACUUAUACUUCUUGCUGAAUGGUAUCUCAAUUGAUGUUCAGCGUGUAAAAGAAAAAAACAAAAAUGAUCAUACAACAGAUCUGUUACGUUAGUUUGCACUUCAGUAAAUAGUGGUAAAUGUCACAUACUAUAGUGAAUCAGCUGAGUAUUAAUACAUUUAUUACAAAUGUAAAACAAGUAUCAAAUAAAAAAAACAGGCUGUAAUAGCAAUUAAAACACAAAUGCAGAGCAUAUCACUGCUUAGUUAAUCUACCAAGAACAGCUCAUUGCUUAAUCUGUACACCAUAAAGGAGAUAUAAAACACAUCACUAAAAAUUGGCUGUAUAGCAGAUAACUGCUUACUAGAUCUGAUGGUGAGUACAACCCUGUGUAUACCCGUUACUCACAGCCAAGCUUUCCCACACUGGGAGAUGUUUCCUGUAUUAGAAGGUUGAUGGGGAUCAAAUGGAGUUCCUUUUAUUGCAGUCCGGGUGGCAUCUAGUUCAGCGUGUAACUCGGCUGUUACACUUUCAAAAACGCCCGGCUUCUGGAUAAGCUCCACCCCCUUGUCAAAGUGCUUCCGUGUUGUCUACGCGUUUUCUCCGUUCACAGACGGCUUCGUUAGGACGUCAAAGUGCUCAGUUACUCCCCACUCUCGGAGAGCUUUUAUACACGUUCUCCUACUUAUUAUUACAUUUAGGUGCACCUCAUUUGCAUAUGUGUGGAGUCCGGAUCGGCAGACCUGUUAUAUGCACAGUUAAUGUCUGCUUCAUCCCAUAUUAAACGGACAACAUUCACUUGCAGCAAAGGUGUACAUAUUCAUCAAUAAGUUUGUACAGAAUACAGAUACAGUUAUCUUUGCAAUACCAAGUACAAUUAUUUAAUUAUAGGAUCUCAUUUAAAUCUAAAUUCCAGCUGAAUCAACAUAUGCAGUAUAUGGAGAAAAAGAAAAAAAAGAGCAUGUGUUCGUAUUAAUUCAACACCAUAUAAAUAUUAUUUAACCCUGUGAUUUUAGUGACAUUUAAAGUGACACAGUAAUAGUAGCCUUUAAAGUGACACAGUAAGUGUCAUGAUAUGAACCAAAGUAUCAUAAUAAACAGAUACACUCUAAAUUUUGAGUGGAUAGCUGAACUUUUUAAAGGGGUAUAACUCCCAAAAUCUAUUUAUUUUAAAAUUACAAAUUAUAUAAAAUUUAUAAAAAAUUACACAUCUCAAAGUCAUUAUUCAUUCCAUUAGGAAUAAGAGUAUUCAGUUCAAAUAUCCAUAUCAUUUCUAUCCGGCCUAAACUCUGGAUCAGAUUUCCUUCUCUCCAGUCAUUUUUAACCUGUUGGAUCCCUAUAAAGUUUAAAAGGGAGGGAUCAGAGUUGUGAAAUUCUCUGAAAAUGUAGGGAAACUUGAUGUAGUUGAUACUUUUUCUUAAUAUUGUAUGUAUGUUCGCAUAUUCUUGUUCGUAAUUGACUAGUCGUACGGCCUAUAUAUAUCAAGCCACAUGGGCAAAAUAGCAUAUAAAUUACAUUUUUUGUUUGACACAUUGAGUUCUUUUAUCUUGUAUGUCUUUCCAUUGGCUUUAAACUCUUUUUAAUACUUUAUCACGGUACGUAUUACGACAGGCAUUACAGUAGCCACAUCUAAAGAAUCCCUUCAAUUGAUUAAUAAAAUUAGAUUUAGCCUGAUUUUGAUUCGGAAUUUUAUCUGUUAAAAUUCUCUUCAUAUUUUUCACACCUCUGUGUACUAUUUUUGGGAUAGGUGGUAACAAUUUCACUAGAACUGGAUCUUUUAGUAGCCAGUGCCAAUGUUCAGAGAUGAUUUUUUCUGACUUGUUUAUUCUGAGGUUCUGAAAACUGACAGAUAAAGGGAACGUUUUUCUCUUGUUUUGUGUUUUCUUUCCUAGUUCUGUACUCCAAUAGGUUAUCUCUGUUUAAAUGUUGAGUAUCUUCUACAGCUUUACAUAAAAUAUGAUCAUGAUAGCCUCUCUCCUUAAAAUCGGACAAAAUUCUAGUUAAUUGGCCCUUCGGGAUUUAGUGAGCCAUGGGCUAAAAUGGCAACUGCUGAUUUCUAUGUAGCUGUUUACAUCAACAGAUUUGAAAAAGGAUUUGGUCUUCAUAUUCCCUGCUUCUAUGUAUAUAGUGAGAUCUAGAAAAUUAACUUCUUUGUUACUCUAGUCAAAGGAUAAAUUCAUCCCCCACUGAUUUGAAUAUACAUGCUGAAUGAACAAUUUGAGUAGUUCUUCCCCUCCUCGCCAAAUAAAGAACAAAUCGUCAAUGUAGUGCCUGUAUAGCACCAAGUUCUGCUCCCAGCCACUGUUUCCUCCAGUGGCUGGGAGUGUAGCUGGGAGCGAACUUGGUGCCCAUUGCAGUGCCAAGUUCGCUCCCAGCUACGCAAAUUUAUUCAUGGCUCGUUGGGAAUCCCUCCAUUUUGGAGGACACAGUGGCUGGGAGCCGAACUUGGUGCUAUACAGGCGCUACAUUGACAAUUUGUUCUUUAUUUGGUGAGGAGGGGAGGAACUACUCAAAUUGUUCAUUCAGCAUGUAAAUUCAAAUCAGUGGGGAAUGAAUUUAUCCUUUGACUAUAGUAAUAAAGAAGUUAAUUUUCUAGAUCUAGUGAAAAUUAGAAGAGUAUACAAUAAAACAAUGGGAAUAAGUGUGGUAGCUUAACGUGCUACAAACCACCUGAGUGGGAAACCCCUCACACCACUCAAUAUAACCAAAAUGAAUACAUACAAUAGAUGGUGAAUCACACUUCUGAAUAUGUCUGUAAGAGAUAUACAACACACAAAAUAGUGCAAUAUAGUUUGUAUAAAUAGGCAGUGUAAAAUUUUUCAGUGAAGUACUCACAAGCGUAGAGCCAAAUAUAUGUGGCUCUCACUGUUGUCACCUUGGGACUUUUUUAGGAUGUCCCUCUCCUGGCUGGAUCACUGGUCCCACUUGACUUUCUGAGAGUUCCAAGCUGAAUGGGUAUUCCCAGCAAUUUCCCAGGAGAAUCAAGCCUUUCAAUAGGAAACUUCAUGUGGCAUAAAUAGCCAAAAAAUUAUUCAAAGAGAUACUUAUUAAAAAUACAGUGUAAAAUAAGAAACAAUAAAUGAAUAAAAACAAUAUAUAAAACAAUGUGUUAAGAACUUAUAGCUGGAACUGCUAUAUAAAAGUCCAACCAAAUGGCUAAGUGUUCCGAAACGUGUUUCGCCCCUGUCAGGGGCUUUUUCAAUCGGUAAAAAGUCUAUCCACUUCUCUGGCGGUUUUUUUUCAAACUUUGCCCAUUUACUUCCGGGUUCUGGCCAGUUCUGUUUUGGAACGCACUAUGCGUUCCAAAUCGCUUCUGGGUUUCUUUCAUCUGGAACGCAUCAUGCGUUCCACUCUGUCUUCUGCUUACUUCCUGGUUUCGGGAACUACCCGUUUAGAACGCUUUAUGCGUUUCAAUACAUUAGAAUCAGUCUCUUUUAUAGCAUGAAAUAAAAAUAGUCUUUUUGUAACAUCAAGUAUAUAAGUGAUUAAACUUUGUAGUACAUACCCAAUAAAUAGUGCAUAUUCAUUUUCUAUUCCACCAGAGUAUAAAAAAGAUUAGUUUAGUGGUUGCUAAUACAUGACAAGUAACCUAUAAAAUAUAUAUCACAAAAACUAAUCUUUUUUUUAUACUCUGGUGGAAUAGAAAAUGAAUAUGCACUAUUUCUUGGGUAUGUACUACAAAGUUUAAUCACUUAUAUACUUGAUGUUACAAAAAGACUAUUUUUAUUUCAUGCUAUAAAAGAGACUGAUUCUAAUGUAUUGAAACGCAUAAAGCGUUCUAAACGGGUAGUUCCCGAAACCAGGAAGUAAGCAGAAGACGGAGUGGAACGCAUGAUGCGUUCCAGAUGAAAGAAACCCGGAAGCGAUUUGGAACGCAUAGUGCGUUCCAAAACAGAACUGGCCGGAACCCGGGAGUAAAUGGGCAAAGUUUGAAGAAAAAAAAGCCGCCAGAGAAGCGGAUAGACUUUUUACCGAUUGAAAAAGCCUCUGACAGGGGCGAAACGCGUUUUGGAACACUUAUCAGCCAUUUGGUUGGACUUUUAUACAGCAGUUCCAGCUAUAAGUUCUUAACACAUUGUUUUAUAUAUUUUUAUUCAUUUAUUGUUUCUUAUUUUACACUAUUUUUAAUAAGUAUCUCUUUGAAUAAAUUUUUGGCUAUUUAUGCCACAUGAAAUUUCCUAUUGAAAGGCUUGAUUCUCCUGGGAAAUUGCUGGGAAUACCCAUUCAGCUUGGAACUCUCAGAAAGUCAAGUGGGACCAGUGAUCCAGCCAGGAGAGGGACAUCCUAAAAAAGUCCCAAGGCGACAACAGUGAGAGCCACAUAUAUUUGGCUCAACGAUUGUGAGUACUUCACUGAAAAAUUUUACACUGCCUAUUUAUACAAACUAUAUUGCACUAUUUUGUGUGUUGUAUAUCUCUUACAGACCUAUUCAGAAGUGUGAUUCACCAUCUAUUGUAUGUAAUCAAUUUUCUAGAUCUCACUAUAUACAUAGAAGCAGGGAAUAUGAAGACCAAAUCCUUUUUCAAAUCUGUUGAUGUAAACAGCUACUUAGAAAUCAACAGUUGCCAUUUUAGCCCAUGGCUCACUAAUAUCCCGAAGGGCCAAUUAACUAGAAUAAAAAGAAAUUGUACGGAUCAGAAUAUUUGUGGUUUUUUACAUCAAAGUCAAUGGAUUUUGUCCGAUUUUAAGGAGAGAUGCUAUCAUGAUCAUAUUUUAUGUAAAGCUGUAGAAGACACUCAACAUUUAAACAGAGAUAACCUAUUGGAGUACAGAACUAGGAAAGAAAACACAAAACAAGAGAAAAACGUUCCCUUUAUCUGUCAGUUUUCAGGACCUCAGAAUAAACAAGUCAGAAAAAUCAUCUCUGAAUAUUGGCACUGGCUACUAAAAGAUCCAGUUCUAGUGAAAUUGUAACCACCUAUCCCAAAAAUAGUACACAGAGGUGUGAAAAAUAUGAAGAGAAUUUUAACAGAUAAAAUUCCGAAUCAAAAUCAGGCUAAAUCUAAUUUUAUUAAUCAAUUGAAGGGAUUCUUUAGAUGUGGCUACUGUAAUGCCUGUCGUAAUACGGACCGUGAUAAAGUAUUAAAAAGAGUUUAAAGCCAAUGGAAAGACAUAAAAGAUAAACACUCAUAAUGUGUCAAACAAAAAAUGUAAUUUAUAUGCUAUUUUGCCCAUGUGGCUUGAUAUAUAUAGGCCGUACGACUAGUCAAUUACGAACAAGAAUAUGCGAACAUACAUACAAUAUUAAGAAAAAGUAUCAACUACAUCAAGUUUCCCUACAUUUUGAGGAAUUUCACAACUCUGAUCCCUCCCUUUUAAACUUUAUAGGGAUCCAACAGGUUAAAAAUGACUGGAGAGGAGGAAAUCUGAUCCAGAGUUUAGGCCGGAUAGAAAUGAUAUGGAUAUUUGAACUGAAUACUCUUAUUCCUAAUGGAAUGAAUAAUGACUUUGAGAUGUGUAAUUUUUUAUAAAUUUAUUUUAUAUAAUUUUGUAAUUUUAAAAGAAAUAGAUUUUGGGAGUUAUACCCCUUUAAAAAGUUCAGCUAUCCACUCAAAAUUUAGAGUGUAUCUGUUUAUUAUGAUACUUUGUUUCAUAUCAUGACACUUACUGUGUCACUUUAAAGGCUACUAUUACUGUGUCACUUUAAAUGUCACUAAAAUCACAGGGUUAAAUAAUAUUUAUAUGGUGUUGAAUUAAUACGAACACAUGCUCUCUUUUUUUUCUUUUUCUCCAUAUACUGCAUAUGUUGAUUCAGCUGGAAUUUAGAUUUAAAUGAGAUCCUAUGAUUAAAUAAUUGUACUUGGUAUUGCAAAGAUAACUGUAUCUGUAUUCUGUACAAACUUAUUGAUGAAUAUGUACACCUCUGCUGCAAGUGAAUGUUGUCCGUUUAAUAUGGGAUGAAGCAGACAUUAACUGUGCAUAUAACAGGUCUGCCGAUCCGGACUCCACACAUAUGCAAAUGAGGUGCACCUAAAUGUAAUAAUAAGUAGAACGUGUAUAAAAGCUCUCCGAGAGUGGGGAGUAACUGAGCACUUUGACGUCCUAACGAAGCCGUCUGUGAACGGAGAAAACGCGUAGACAACACGGAAGCACUUUGACAAGGGGGUGGAGCUUAUCCAGAAGCCGGGCGUUUUUGAAAGUGUAACAGCCGAGUUACACGCUGAACUAGAUGCCACCCGGACUGCAAUAAAAGGAACUCCAUUUGAUCCCCAUCAACCUUCUAAUACAGGAAACAUCUCCCAGUGUGGGAAAGCUUGGCUGUGAGUAACGGGUAUACACAGCGUUGUACUCACCAUCAGAUCUAGUAAGCAGUUAUCUGCUAUAUAGCCAAUUUUUAGUGGUGGUUUACUUUUGUUUUAUAUCUGCUUUAUGGUGUACAGAUUAAGCAAUGAGGUGUUCUUAGUAUAUUAACUAAGCAGUGAUAUGCUUUGCAUUUGUGUUUUAAUUGCUAUUACAGCCUGUUUUACAUUUGUAAUAAAUGUAUUAAUACUCAGCUGAUUUCACUAUAGUAUGUGACAUUUAGCACUAUUUACAAAAGUGCAAACUAACGUAACAGAUCUGUUCUAUGAUCAUUUUUGUUUUCUUUUACAUGCUGAACAUCAAUUGAGAUACCAUUCAGCAAGAAGUAUAAGUAUAUUUUUUAUUUGAUUUUGCUGCAUGCAGGACAGGGGUGUAUUGCAGUUUGCUAUCGCUCCACUACGCAAUAUCAUAUUUUCUUCAAUGGAGUAUAUUCGAAGCAAGGUCUUGUCACCAGUGGGGUACCUCAGGGAUCUGUACUUGGACCCAUUCUCUUUAAUAUAUGUUUGGGAUAUUGCAGAAGGUCUUGAUGGUAAGGGGUAUGUCUUUUUGCUGAUGAUACUUAGAUAUGUAACAGGGUUGAUCCAGCAGCGAUAAGACAAAUGGCGCAUGAUUUAGGUAAACUAGAAAAAUGGUCAGAAUUGUGGCAACUGACAUUUAAUAUGGAUAAAUGCAAGAUAAUGCAUCUUGGACGUAAAAACCCAAGAGCAGAGUACAGAUAUGAUUAGAAACAUUUAAAUACAUAAAUGGAAUCAACACCGUAAAGGAGACCAUAUUUAAAAGGAUAACUACCACAACAAGAGGACAUAGUCAUAAAUUAGGGGGGCAAAGGUUUAAAAAUAUCAGGAAGUAUUACUUUACAGAGGUGGUAGUGGAUGCAUGGAAUAGCCUUCCAGCUGAAGUGGUAGAGGAUAACACAGUAAAGGAGUUUAAGCAUGCAUGGGAUAUGCAUAAGUCUAUCCUAACUAUAAGAUAAGACCAGGGACUAAUGAAUAUAUUUAAAAAUAAAAUUGGGCGGACUAGAUGGACCGAAUGGUUCUUAUCUGCCGUCACCUUCGAUGUUUCCUGUUCUUUUAUAGAAAUUACUUCAGAACUUUUAAAUAAAACUCUGGUCGUAUGAAGGCCAUCGACCUUCACAUUAUACACAAACAUCCCAGACUUCUCAUUGUACAACGCAGCAAAUUACCAUCUGUCCUUUUUAACCCAUUAGACAUCCAUAUGAAUAUGAGUAGGAACAUAGAAUUAUGUGAUCUACAUCUCUGUGCUCGUUCAGUUGAAUGCUUCUCAUCGAGAAGCCUUAAAUCCAGCGGUGUUUGAUGUUAUUUUGUUGUGCGCGAUGACACUGAAUGUGAAGGCUUUAGAUUUUGGACGACCUUCGUGAGGAGGUUGCUGCUACUAGCUGUCAAACAGACGGAACCUAGAGGCAUGUUCUUUAGCAAAUGGAAACAUUUGUCUUAGUCAAGGUACAGCGCUUAUGUACCAAAAUCACUUAAUUAAGAUGAAGCGCCUUUAUGGUUGUAACGUAAAGGCACAUAACCACUACAUGGGCUGGUAGCAUCAGCUGAGCUCUGAAAGGCUCAGUGAAUGUGAUCUUGGAUAAAACAGAAGACGAGAGAAAUAUUCUGUCUAAUGGCCUAGUGUGAAGUUAAAAUAUUUAACAUUUAAUACAUAUGUUAAGAAGCUAGAGAAAAGUCUAGCUCUAAUUAAAUCACACAGAGUAAAAUAAAACCAAAGGAGGGGUGCAUAAUUAAUUGUUGCCCUAUGGAGUAUUGUCAUUUAUUGUAAUUUGUGUAGUGCAUAGAUUAAAGGACCACUAUAGUGCCAGGAAAAUACUUGGGCUCUGGAGAGAGGAAGGGGUUAAAAUCUUACCUUUCUCCAUCGCCGGGCGGGGAGCUUUCCUCCUCCUCCUUCCUACCGACGUCAUCGGCUGCAUGUGCGGCAGGAUUCGCCACGCCCUCUUCCCUGCCGGCUAAUGCAGGGCUGGCAUUGUCCAAGUGCCAGCCCUGCAAUGUGCCUUCACGGACCAGAGGGACCACGGCAACGCUCCAAAUCUCGCGAGAGUGAACUCUAGCCCUGGAGCGCGGGCUAGAGUUUACCCCUACCACUGGAACCACCAGGGAUUCCCCACUGGAACCACCAGGGAGCGAGAAAUAGAGAAUAUUUUUUUUUUUGAAAAUAUAUUUUUAUUGGGUAUUUUAAAUUUUUCAGUUUCGAACAUGUCAUAAGAAAACUUCGGCAAGGACAUGCAGGUCCCGUUAAUUUUGCAUGUGAACUAUCGCAAUGGAACAAAUGCUGUUCUUGUAUGCAUACACUGGUAACAUUUAAACGCAGGUAGCAUUUACGUGUUGGACUCGCAGGUCCUAUGUCAUAUACUUGUCAUGCAUCUUUAAGCGAGUUUCAGUUAGGACACGCAGGUCCCAUCAGUAUGAAAUAUUAACUGUCGUUUUUAGGAGGCGUCGUUCGGUCAGGUUUACGUUGGUGACACACAGGUCAUAGCCCAGCACGUAUAGUUUCCCUUUCUCUCCAUUUUAUUUUUUUCAUCCAUCCAUCCAUCCAUCUCCCCUCCCUCUCCCCCCUCCCUUUGUCUAUUUGUAAACCUUUUUAUGAGAUAGUUUUCGUUGUUACUGCAAGAGAGAGGAAAAAAAAAACCCAACCAGUGGUAACUCACUGGUCCCUUUUGAGUAUUGUGUGUUCGUUUAACUAAAUGAGACAGCGUGUAUCUUAACAUGGUGCAUCUUAACCUGGUGUGGUGACACGUAGAUCCCUUAUGAGAGGUUAUGGUAGAGAUAUAAUGGACUCGUAGGUCCUGAUCGAGGUCGAUUUUCUUAUGUGGAGAAUCGGUGUAUUCAGUUGGGGUGUUCAGUUAUGUUUUCGUUUGGGAUCCUCUGGUGGUGAUAUGCUUUCAUGGUAUAGGUCGGUUGGGGUGCGUAGGUCCUAUGCCAAUUUUGCUAGGGUUGGUAAUAAUUUUGCAUGUGUUAUAUCCAUGUGAGUGUGUAUGUCAGUGGCUUCCAGGAGUUACAAGGUGUUGGGUCUGAAACUCGUAUUCUAUUAUAGACUGUUAUCUGCGUAAUGUGUUUGUGGAUGAGUAGUAAGUAGAAUGUAGAGGUAACUCUAGUGGCAUGGGCGUCCUGUGGUCGUGUUUGGGUGGUAUGAGUGGCAUCUGUUUUCGUUGUGUGGUUGACUCCCAAGUCCAUCCCACUUAUGUUGUUUUCCCUCCCACCCUCCUCGCGACCCGUGUCCCAGUCUUGUGUAAGGUGUUCCGCUGGGUUGUGUGUAUGUGUGAUGUGGGUCCCACGGGAAGGAGAGCCAUCCUCGUUCCUUGUGGUAUCGUGGUUCUAGGAUCAGGAUUUUCAGUCUCUAGAGUGAUAGUGUGUGAGGUUCGCUCAGGGGUCUCCUGUUGUUCAGCUCUAUCUUGGGUAUUGGUGCAUGAGUCGGUUGUGUCGGCUUGGGUUCUAUGAGAAGUCUGUAUGAUGUUGUUUAUCGGGAAUGGUAGGUUGUUGCUAGUACAGUGUGCUGCUACGUCCUGUGCCCUCAUUGGUUGCGUUCAUGGGGUGGCUGUGUGUUGGCGGUGUGUUGAUCCUGUGAGCGUUGUGAUUGUAGUGUGUGGUUUGUUAGGGGGAGGGAUGGGUGGAGGCCCCCUUAACUCCCUUCCCCGACCGCCGCGUCUCCCCCAUCUCGUCUCGCCACGUAUAUUAUCCAAGGUUGCCAUUUGUCGACGUGUUUCGUGAGGGUGUCUCGUAAGGUCGCAUGCAUUUCUUCUGCGAAUCUGAUCUCUUCUACCCUGCUUAGCCAUUGUUCCAUUGUGGGGGCGUUUGUCGUUUUCCAUAGGGCAGGGAUUAGAGCCUUGGCCGCGUCGAGAAGGUGUCGUAGGAUGGAUCGUUUGUAUUUUGAGAUCGGGUCUUUAGUAUGAUGCAGGAGAGUGUUGUCUAUGGACAAUUGCGUUGUGUCCCCUAGUACCUCUUGCGGGACGUUAUCUGGUUCCAAAACGGUUUAAUGUUGGGGCAGUCCCACUAGAUAUGCUUUAGUGUUCCAAUAUCUGCCUCACAUCUCCAACAGGUCGCCGAGGUGUUGGGGAAUAUUCUGUGGAGUAGGUCUGGGGUUCUGUGCCAGAGUGUCAAUAGCUUAUAGUUCAUUUCUUGUUAUGUUGAGCUAAUCGUAGAUUUGUGAUGAAGGAUGAGAAUUUUGUCCCAUUGUGCGUCGGUGAAGACUUUGUCAGUGAUGCUUUCCCAUUUUUCUUUAUAUCGUCGAGUUGCUUGCUGCUCAUCUGUGAUUAGGUAUUGGUAGAGCGUCGACGUUGGUUUCUGAGUUGGUGCUUGUUUGUCGCAGAUGUCCUCAAACCAUGUGAGGGUUCUGUGUACCUCUUGUUUGUUCGGUAGGGUGUGGUAGAAAUGCGUCAGCUGGGAGUAUCUGAAUUUGUGCAUGGGAGCUGGCGGGCCUUCCAUUAGGCGUUCCAGGGGGGUCAGUCCAGUGGCGGUUAGCGUUUUGUGGAGUGGUAUGAAGUCCCUUCCCUGCAGAAAGUCCCAGGCCUUGAUCGGUAAUCCUCCCCCCAAGGCUUGGUUGUGUGUUAGCGUGGUCAUCGGGCUGGGUGUUGGGGAGAUUAUCGCUGCAUUCCUCAUUGUUGACCAUAUGCGGAGGGUAUGACUCGCCGGAGAGGGUGCGCCGGGGUCAUCAUGCCGUGGCGUUUUCUGAUUCCAUAGGGAUGCAAAAAUAGAUGGGCUGCAUGAUUCUUUGUCCAAGGCCACCCAUUGUUUGCAUCUCGGGUUAGUGUGCCAUUCCAGUAUCCGUUGUAGGGCUGUCGCUUGGUGGUAUUUGCGCAGGUCCGGGAGUGCCAAUCCGCCCUGACUCCUGGUCUUGCAUAGUAUUUCAUAUCUUAGUCGAGGUCUGCAUCCUCUCCAGACAUAGGUCAGGAACGCGGUUUUCAGUGUCGCGAAAAAGGUCGUCGGUAAUGUCACUGGGAUCGUAUGGAAUAAAUAUAGUAGUCUGGGUAGUAUAUUCAUUUUGAUGACCGCUAUGCGGCCGAACCAUGAGAUGUGUGGAUAAUUCCAGGUUCGGAGGUCUUGUUGAAUGCAUGUGAGGAGUGGGAGGAAGUUUUUCUGGUAGAUGGCGCUGGGGUCAGCCAUCACCCAUAUCCCCAGGUAUUUUAUUUGGGUAUGGCACCAUCGGAACGGGAAGGUCGAGGCUAUAUCCCCGUGUUCUCCCAGUGGGUCCGUGAUAUUGAGCAGUUCGCAUUUGCUUAAGUUAAGUUUGAGGCCUGAGAGGUGUCCGUAUUUUUCAAAUUCUUCCAUUAGGCAUGGUAGGGUGAGUCUCGGACGUGUAAUGAAGAACAGCAUGUCAUCCGCGUAUGCGGCAACUUUGUGUGUGGCGGUUUUACAGGUGUAGCCCGUGAUGUUAAUAUUUCGUCGGAUUGCCUCCAAUAGGGGUUCCAAUGUAAGUGCGAACAAUAGCGGGGACAAGGGGCAACCCUGCCUCGUACCAUUUCGAAUCGGGAAGGACUCCGUCAGGGCUCCGUUAACACGCACUGCUGCCGUCGGGGUGCUGUAUAUCGCUCCGAUCCGUUUCUGUAUGUCGUCGUUAAACCCCAAUAGACGUAUCGCCGUUUUCAAGAAUGCCCAGUCAACUCGGUCAAACGCCUUUUCGGCGUCCGUGGAGAGUAGCAGGAGUGGUGUUCCGUGUUGUCUCGCCAGAUGUUGUAUAGCGAGAACUCUGAGUGCUAUCUUGAGCCUCCCGUUCCGGUAUGAACCCCGUUUGAUCAGGGUGCACGAGUGUUGGCAUUAGGUUACUAAGUCGGGUGGAUAAUAUUUUGGUGAAGAGUUUUGUGUCCACGUUUAAUAGGGAGAUGGGUCUGUAGCUGCCGCAGGUUUCCGGGUCCUUACCUGGUUUUGGGAUUACUGUAAUUGUAGCCGAUAAUGAUUCGGCAUGGAAUGUGUGUCCCUCAGUGAUGGCAUUGAGCGCCUUUGUGAGUUUGGGGGCUAGUAUAUCUUGGAAGCGUUUAUAAUAGUCCAGCGUAAGUCCGUCGGGUCCGGGUGCGCGUCCUGUCUUCGUCGUUUUGAUAGAUGUCUUAAUGUCGUCUUCGGUGAUCGGGCGGUCGAUGAUUUCUGCGUCUUCGGCCGUCACCGUCGUGUGGAGAUGUUCUCUUAGAAAGCAUUCCAUGCGGCCUUGUUUGAUUCGUCUGCUUUCUUCGUUGCUUUGUGAAUGUGUAUUGUAAAGCGAGGAGUAGUAGGUUAGAAAUUCCUUGGCGAUUUUCUCCGGGUGUUGGGUAGUAGUGCCGUCGCGUGUUUUUAAUUUGUGGACUUGUGAGGGGUGUUGCUGUCCCCUGAGCAUUUGUGCGAGGAGUUUGCCCCCUUUGUUUGCAUGGAGGUAGAAGAAUCCUUUAGAUCUACGGAGGUGUCUCUUGAGUAGCAGUGCGUGUAGUCUUCUUCUUUCCUCUAAUAGUUCUUUGUAGGUAUCCUCCACCUGUUGACGUUUGUGUUGUGUUUCCAGGGAGCGGAUCCGGUCUAGGAUGUUUGACAUAAUUGCGCCCGCCUCUCUUUUCCAUUGUGACGUGACUUGGAUAAGCUUGCCCCGGAGUAUACUUUUGUGUGCCUCCCAUAUUGUCAUAUCAGAUACGUCUCCCGUCUCAUUCUCGGUGAAGUAUGUCUGUAAAGUGUCGGUGACUUGGGCCCUCAGUGGGAGGUCGGUUAAAAGGGAGUCGUUGAGUCUCCACGUUGUUUUCGUCGGUCUUAUGAGGGGAGAUUCGAGGUCCAUCGACACUUGUCCGUGGUCCGACCACGUUGCAGCGUGUAUGGAUGCUCUCCUAAGUCUUAUUAGAGCUUCUUGUUGCAGAAGUAGGAAGUCUAUUCUGGAGUAUCUUUUGUGUAUUGUGGAAUAAUGAGUGUAUUCUCUGUCUAGUGGGUUCAGUGUUCGCCAGCAGUCUACCAGGCGUAGUGUUUUCAGAGUGUGGUGUAUGGUUCUUAUUUCUCUCUGUGGGAUGCUGCUGUGUGCCGUUGAGGAGUCUACUUUAGGAUCUAGUGUGACAUUGAAGUCUCCUCCCACGAUCAAAGUUCCUUCCGUGAAGUCUGUUAGUGCCUUCAGUGUGUUCUUGAGGAAUCUAGAUUGAUUGUUGUUGGGGACGUAUACUGUCGCGAAUGUGUAACAUCGUCCUGCGAUAUUCCCUUUGACGAAGGCGUAUCUGCCGUUGUGGUCUAUAAGGCGAUCCUGCUCCUGGAAUUGUAGACGAGCUGCUAUCAGGAUCGCGACCCCUGCCUUUUUCGCUGUAGGGUGGUUGCCGUAGUAGUUAGUGGGGUAGUGUUUGUUCUUGAGUGUCGGGGCCGCUCCUUCUCGAAAGUGAGUUUCUUGGAGAAGAGCUAUUGCAACCCUCUCUCUCUGAAGUUCCCUCAAAAGAUUAGUUCUGCGUUCUGGGAGAUUCAAUCCCCUGCAGUUUUGCGUGAUGAUUUUUAGCGGGUCUGGUCUGUAUGCCAUCUUGUCUGUAUCUCUGCGCAAUGGUGGUGUCUCGUCGGGUACCAGGGUCCCCCGUCCGCGUCCCGCUCUCUUAUGGACGCGGGAGUCGACCAAGGAAGCCCGAUCUCGUAGCUUAAUUCCUGGGUUUUUAAUGCGGUUCGGUACCUCUGCGCCGUCUGGUGGUUGACUCGAGGCAGGCGCGACGGCCGGGUCAGGAGUGCAAGGGGGGGGUGGGAUGUUCGGGUGGGUUGCCGGGCUGUGGUCGUGCGUGAGGUGGCUGGCGUUCAUGGGGCGUUGGUAUCCGCUCCUGUGUGGUCUAGGGGAGUUGUGUCUGCUCAGGCUCAGUGUCUUUCGGUUACGUUAGACUCCGAGCCUGGUCCGUGUGACGGGGGUGUGUGUUUCUUAUUUGGAUGUUGGAGAGUAGGAUAGGUGUGGUGUGCGUGUCGUGGUGAUGUAAGGAGGUGGACCUCUCCGUGGAGAGGGAGUUCGUGUGCCUACGGUGUCGGUCGGAGGUCACCCCGAGAUAUAUCCCGGUGGUGUACCAGUCGACCUCCGUAGUAUCAAGCGUGCGCACCGAGAGAGGUGGGUAGCGCGUCUGGGCCCUUAUCCAUUUAGGCUAUGGUGCCUGUGUGGUAUAUGCGGUGUUAGUUGUAGAGUUGACACUUGAGAAAGGUUGUGUAUCGUUAGUAUGGUCUGUUAGUUGUGUAGGGGUGUGUUUCCGUUUGGGGUUGUAGCGUCCGUUCACUGUAGUAGAGUUGUUAUAUAGUCAUCACUAAUGCCAUUUGUGUGUGCUUGUAGUGUUAUCAGCACUAUGCCUGUUUGUUGCGUCUUUUCGGUGUCGCUGGUGUCGAGUGGGGGGGAUGUACCUUGAGGGUAGUUUGCGUGUAGUCAAAGUAGGGACUAGAGGAUAUCUCUUCGGGGUGUGUGCAGUAUGGGUCCUCUUCACAUUAUGUCUGGGUCGUUACAUCUGGAUCAUGUUUAUGUAUUUAUUUAUUUUUAUUUUUAUUUUUUUCCCCUCUUUCCCCCCUCCCCCCCAUUUCCCCCCGCCCCGCCUCCCGCCCCUUUCUCUACACCCUCACCCUGUUCACUCUGACGUUCAUAUUUCACAGCCUCCAGGGGGUGGUGGGAUGGCCGUCUGCCCAGUGUCCUCCCGUCAUCAGUGUGCCAUCUAAAUGAGGCACUUGUGAUUGUGUGUAGUGUAAAGGCCUCUUUGGGUGUAUGCUGUCUGUACAUGUCAGUCCCCUGGUAAAUAACACAGAGUGAGAUUGCAUAUUCUAGCCUUUCAAAAUAGGUUACUCUCAACAUUUAUACAGUAAGGAGCAGUCUCGGGCCUCAAAAUCAGCUAUAGAUUCUGUACGGAAUCAGUUCUUCGUCUUCACGAGCGUCAAUGCUGCAGGCGGUCUCUAGGACCCGAUCUCUAUGUCCCCAACCCUCCCCCCUUUAAUCCCCCUCCCCAAUAGGUCUUACUCCCCUGCUUUGUUUUUCCUCCCGCCCCUCCCUUUUCGUCCCCCUUUUUUUUAUUUAUUUUUUAUUGUUUAGAACCCUUUUGUAUUGUGGAGGACCCAUUUGCUAGUGAGAUAUCCCUUAGUUCGGUCUGUCCCAAGGUGAAGAGUGGUGCCUUCCCGCACCCGGGGGGUGUCCCCUCCUUCAGUCUCGUGUCAAUGUGUUAGCUACCCAAUGUCAAAGUACCUGAUUCUUGGGGUGCAGGUUUGCAUCCAGGCGCUUCUCCAACGUGGGCUCCAGCUGUCUGUGUUGUCUCGGAAUUGUGGUCAGGUAGUGGGUUAUUCCUCCGGGUUGUUUAGAUCUGGUCGGUGUCGCGGAGCUUCACCCGGGGAAUUCCAUCUUCUUCGCCUUGCUUGUCGCUGCGGUUGUGGUCUUGGAUCCAGCGGCAUGAAUACCCAGUUCGGGACGGGGGUUGGCGGCAGGUUCAGGCGUUGUAGGAAUUGAGGGAUGUCCUCUGGCCAUCGUGCGGAGACCCAUUCGUUAUUAUAGCGGACUGUGAUGCUAAAUGGGUAGCCCCAUCUAUAUUGCAUAUUCCUCUCCCUCAGGAUGGUGGUAACCGGUCUCAGGGCUCUUCUAGCUUCUAGGGUCAUAGGUGAUAGGUCAUUGUAGAGGGAUAUUUCUGUGCCCCUGUAGUUCCAGUGGGCCCUGGACCUAGCUUUCCUCAUGAUCAGAUCUUUGAUGGCGAAGGAGUGUAGGCAGCAUAUUAUAUCCCUGGGGGUCCCUUCCGUGGGCCGGGGACGGAGUGCUCUAUGUGCCCUGUCAUAUUUAAUAAGCGCUGGUGUGUCCUCCCUUAAGAUGAUGCGGAAUAGGGAGGUGAGCAUCUCCUCUAUGUUUUCCCCCUCUGGAGAUUCAGGUAUCCCCCUUACCCUGAUAUUGUUGCGGCGACUGCGGUUGUCCUGGUCCUCCAGCUGUCGCCUCAUGGCCAGUAUGAGAGUGCCUUGGCGUUUAAGGGCCGUGUCUGUGGCUGCAGAGUGGUCUUCAGUGGUCUGUGCCCUCUUUUCUACUUGCUGUAUGCGGUGUUCCUGUGCUUUAAUUUCAGCCUUCAGGCCGGUCACUUCAGCUUUAAUUACUUUGUGUAGGUUGUUUGUCAGGUGGGUGAGGUCAUCCUUUGUGACCAUCAUCAUUGCCAUGCGUUUUAAUUCUGCUCCGAUAUCUGCCAGUGUAGUGGUGUCGGCAGUGGAGCAUGUGGAUGCUGGCGAGGUCGGCGCCAUUUUGGAUGUCGGGGAGCUGGGGUCCGGGCCGCACGGCGCGUGGAGGUAUUCGUCCAUCGGCCCCGUUUGCGACCCUGAAAAGGAGGGUUUGGGGGUCUGGGGUAGGUCCCCUCUCUUUGUGCGACCCAUUGGUGGCGGUGUGUGCAGGUUAGUAGUGGGUUGCUCCGUUCUGUGUGCUGUCGUGGGACGGAGUACAGCGCUUAAGCGGCCAUGUUCGUCGGAGCCCAGGCCACGCCCCCGAGAAUAUUUGUUUUAUUUAAAUUUUUUUUUUUUUUUUUUUUUUUAAGUAGAAGAAGGUUAAGGCGGGCUUUUAAUAUCUGUAAUAUUUUAAUAUAAUGUGUUAAUUUUUUUUAAAUUUAAUUAAUAUGUAUGUAUGGGGCUGUGUGUGUGUGUGGGGGGGGGGGCGGCGGCAAUGUGUGCGAUAAGAAGGGUAGGGGGCUUUUUUUAUAAUCACACACACAUUGCCCCCAUACACAUACACUGCAAUCCUCACACACAUAAAUACUGACCCACACAUACACUGCACUCCUGACAUAUACUGCCUCCCUUACUCACACACUGCACCCCUUACACAUUGAACCACUCACACACACACACACACCACUUCUCAUAUGCCCUACUACAGCCCCAUUUCCCAGCAGACCUCAGGUAAGUUGUCAAACUGUUCUUAAAGAGUUUGACUACUUACUCUGGCAGGGAGUCCCAGCACUAUUGACACCAUAACCGUUACACUGAGCUGUAGUGGUUAUUGUGUCUGCAUUAUUUCUUUAAAUAAUCUACAAGUGCCCCUCCCGAGAUCAGGCUCUGGAUCUGUCACUGCCUGAAGGUGAGGGGAACCCAAGGACCCUAUAGAGCCAGGAAAACGAGUGUGUUUCCUGGCACUAAAGUGGUCCUUUUAAAUAUGCACACAACCUAUUAGUCUGUUGAAUGAGCUUACUCUGUCAACACAAUGCUACCUACCAAAUGAAAUCUUAUGAAUAUGGUAUUUAUCUUUGUUUUAACUUUUCUUGUUCAUGUAGACCUACUGGGUUUUAUUUUAUUUUUUUUAUUUAUUUAUUUGUGUGUUGCAGGUAUGGGAACAAAAUGCCUCUUGCUGUGGAAUGCACUGCAGAUCUUGUGCGCUGCAAGAUUUUGGACGUAAGUGGUGGAAUAGGGGCAGAGGAGCUUGUGCUACUCUAUGGAUUGGCUCUUGUCAGGUAAGUGCAAAUCUCAUCUAUUUUUGUAUGUAUAUCUUGAUAAUACUAUCUUUACAUCGAAAUAUGCCUGACAAUGCCAUCAAACCUGUUACUUGGCAGCUAGUGAAAGCCUGUUAAUUGCUUUUUCAUCAUGUCUGACACCCACAGGACUUAGUCCUGCCAAGGUAAUUAUUGCAGUUUCUCUAAAACUUCAAUCAUUUACAUUACAGGAUUAAAUGGGACAGGGACACUGGACCAAAACCACUUCAAUGAGAUGAAGUGGUCUGGGUUACUAUAGUGUCCAUCUAAACAGCAGUUUGCCUUGCAUGGAGCCUCAGAAAACUGGUUCCAAGUUAAAAGAUACCACAGUGCCAAUUAAGGGUGACCAUUAUCUUCUUUAUAUUUGUUGAAUAGCAAAGUAAUCAAAAAGAUUAUAUACAAUUAAAAUUAGUAAUUUAUUUUUUAAUCUUGUAUAAAACAAAUGUCAAUAUCAGGCAAACAUAUAUGUGGAAUAACCUUGUCCAAGAUGCCGUUGGCUGGAAUGCAACAUUUUUAAUCAGAAGGAAGGAUAAACUUGCUGUUCAAAUCCAUUUUAAACAGCCAUCCCCUAGUUCGUGCUCAAAGUGCACUUCCUUUAUAAUUUUCCAAUUCACAGUCAGUAAUGGCAAGUGCAUUCAUGAUAUAGUUCUGUUCAAUCCAUGCGGGCAUUGCACAUUUUGGCAAUUGCAGUUCCUAGCAUUCAGUCUUGUGGUAGGUAUUGUCACGGCAAGGGUGCAUAAAUUAUUAUUGCACUAUGGAAUAUUGUCCUUUUAAUGUACUUUGUGUAGUGCAUUAAGGACCUGCCUGCCUGGCAGAUAUGGUAUUGACCAUGUCAAAAGGUGUUAAUUUGAUUGUAUGGAGAUCAAAAGAGGUUGAAUCUUUUGAAGAUGGGACCCCCAAACCGAGGUCAGAUGACAGAAGGGGGUAGUUUAAAUGACUUAGGGAAGUGAAAAGGAUUUUACCAUACGGAUGUGAAUUAAUCAAGCCUCUGCAAGGUGUGCGAUUCUACACUUGGGGGCGAAAAAAGUCUGCAUUCCUCUUCAUCCAUUUGGCAUGUACCUUGUAUUUGAUAAGGCAAUCUCUUUUGAUAUGUUAUUGAUCAUUAGCCUUGUUCCAGUAUCAUAUCCAAAGGAAGGAAAAACAUUAAUAUUUACCCCACAGAAAAAUAAUUAAGCCUUGUUUUUGUUAUAUUUGGAAUGUGACAAGCGCCAUCUUCUAAACAAGCCCAAACAAGAGUGGCAUGGCUUGACCAUAGGGGAGGGAAUUGUGAUGUCCGUCCUAUUGGAUCGCGGGUGGGGUGUGUGACCUGUCUAUAGGAUGGGGAAAAGAACAUAUUCAUAGAUGCAGUUAUUAUUUCUGUGGCAGGUACAUAAGGAAAGAUGGAGCCAAAUGUUUCCAUUUGGAUUGAGGUUGGUCUGGAACAAAUGAGGUGGUCACUUAUUAUUUACACUUACACUUCCUGUAGAGAGUCAUCUAAUGUUUGCACAUUAUUUUGUUCGAAUAGGAAUUUCUUAUUUUCUGCUCGGUUAGUAGCUUGAUAGACCCCAACGAGUAUCCUGUAUAAAUUUCAAAUUGUAGAGCAGGAGAUAAAACUUUUAAAGUAAGUUAAUUCUGAUUAAAAUCAAACCAUUUUGUUUUCAUGCAGGCUGUGUCAGUUACAGCAAGAGGAGGUAUGGCUAGGACUGCAUAAACUGAAACAAUAGUGACUUAACUUCUAAAUGGCAGUGAAUUUAGCAGUAAAACUUCAGAGGCAUGAUCUAUACACAAAUACUGCUUAUUUAAGCUAAAGUUGCUUUGGUGACUGUAGUCUGCCUUUAAUACAGAUCUUCAGUUCAUGCUGUUGGCAAUAUCUUUUACUGUUCCCAUCUUUAUAAGACAAGACUGUUAUGGUUAAAUAGACACCUUUUCUUGUUGGCAAAAUAACUUUUUUAUGCAUCUUUCAAUUUUUACAGGUUUGUAAACUUAUUCACGGAGAAGAAGCAGAAAGCUGUAGCUAUUCCUUUGAGACGCUUGGCCAACGAGGUGAGACUUCAUCCCUUUUGGGAUUUUUGAAAAUUGCACAUGUAGUUUUUUGUUUUUGUUUAAAACGCGUAUUAAAAACAUAAUACAAUUUGGCAUGUAGUGUAGAAACUGUGUUUUUAAAGGACCACUAAAGUCUCCCAUGUAAAUUCCUUUUUCCAUAACCCAUUUCAGCAACCCUUACUUUCCCACUGAGUAGAUGUAUGUGACAAAAAUCUUUACAUCUACACUGUCUUACAUGACUUGUUACUACAUGGAGUGAAGUAGGUUUAGGUGGUCUUUUAUACCUCCAGUAGACAUGUCUUACUUCAUAUGGACUGUGAUUUGCCCCAUUAGCAGGCUGGGAAUUAAUUUUACAAUAAGUGUUGCUAUUUAUAAUUAAAAAGUAGUGUUGGUAAUCUAAAAAAAACUUACUAAUUACUUUCUCACUCCAACUUGAAAUAACUAAAAUAUGAUGCAUAUAACCCCCAAAAAAGCUGAGAUCCUACAAAGAGAUAUAAGAAAUCCUUAAAAUAACACUAGGGUUUUGCUAUUCUUAUGCCACCACAUCUGUGAUGGAUUGCUGCUCCUAUGCUGCCCUGAGACAGCAUGUUAGGGGGGAUUUCUCUCCUCGCUUUGUGCAAUUCCCUAAGUAAAUAUAUAUCUAUCUUCCUCACAGUCUGUGCCGUCCACUCCUAGCAAACAUCUGGUAUUCAGGGCUUAUGUUUAAAAAAAAAACAAAAACAAAAAAAAAAACCCUAACACUUGAAUUCACCAACUACCAUUGUUAGAGAUGACUGUUUGUAACCAUGUCCAUAGUCUCAUUAUAGAGCAUACAGAGAUUUGUGGGUAUUUAAUACAUCUGUAAUAAUGAUUUUGUCUUUUUUGCUAUAGCUGAAUAUCCCAGAAUGGAUAGUGAACCUACGGCAUGAGGCCACUCAUGGCAAAUUGCCCAAACUGAGCAUGUGUAGGAAAGGUAAGAAUUUGAAUGUGUGUUAACACUGUCCAGUAGAGCAGUAGAGUAUUGGAGACCUGUGUAUUAAACAGCACAUACUUUUGCAAAUAGAAAUGUCUGAUUGUAGAUUAAUGUGGUUUCAUUUGAAUCCUGCCGAAAUAAAAAAGAAAUUGAUUUUAAAAUAAAUCCUUAUUUGACUGUAUUCUGGUUGUUUGUCAGUUUUGUAGUUCUCUUCUCCAGCUUAUGUUACAAAGUUACACAACUGUGUGGAAAAAUGUAUACCUAUAACUCGUUAUACGUGAAAGGGUUAAACAUGUGCGAUUUGAGCCUGUCCUACUAUAGGCUCUUAUCAAUGUGAGUUGACAUUAUUCACCCAAAUUAUCUGUACAAUAUCUUUACAGAUUUAUGCUGUUACACUCUUUUUUUAUUUUUUUUCUCUUUUUCAUAUGAAUAAUACCCAACGUUAAUACUGAAUGUAAGGGAAUAAAUAUUUGCUAUAUCUAUUACUUCAGCGCUCCACUAUAUGUGCCAUAGGAGUGAAAUUUAUUCAAACCUAGGCAUAUAUAAUUUUUCACUACUGUAUUAUCACAGGGGGUGAGGGAGACUCCCCCUCGAGUGUGAAGCGGCUAUAACAUAUUGAGACCAAAGCGCACUAUCCAUGUUUUUUUUUUGUUCACACAUCUUACUCACAUUGGCUGCAAGCCGUCAGGAAAGAUCCCCCAAGCACAGUCACUCUGAUGGAGAAGUCCUGACUGAGCAGCGCUCACAUCAACAUACCUGGACUGCAUUUUCUUUGGGACUCUCUCCAUCUACUUUUUAUAAGCCUCAGCCUCAUUUAAAUCAGUACGAUAUCAAUUUCAUGCACUAUGACCCAGUGGUAUCUAACUUAAGUGACUCUCAUGUCUGUGUGUCUCUUGCCACUUAUUCUUGUACAAACUUAUUGUUUAGACAUGUUAGACCUUUUGUUUACUGUUAUAUUUACAAAAUUGUGCUGAAAAUCAAAUGCCAUGCUUUUUAUUUUCUUUUGUUGAUAUGUAAAAGCUUGUGUCUGCUGUCAUGGCAUUGCAGGCAUCUUUGUAUUACUCUGCACAGCAAAAAUAAAGAAUAUUAAAAAUACAAAAAAAACAAAGUGGUCAUGAUGGUUGGUGUAAACCUUUUAGAGGUGGGUGGGUGUGUGUGUUUUUUUUUUUUUUGUUGUUGUUUUUUUUUUAAAUAUUUUUGUAAUGUUUAAAAAGACAAGGAAGUUCAAUAUUGACCUGUGAAGCAUAAGAAGUUAUUGUUAAUAAGGCUUAUAGCACAUGCAUAAAUUACAAAAUAUUGCCAUUUAAAAACUUGUAUGGUAGUAGUGGUGUGUACCAGCAAGCUACCGUUGGCACAUUACGGGAAAUUCGCAAAGGUAGGACUAGUCUUAAUAAGAAAUAAAAGUGGCAGAAACAUACACAGGAGAAGUAGGCAAGGUGAACCAAAAAAAAAUAAAUUAAGGGUAGGGAAAGAUGGUAAAUCUAUUUCCACAAUAGCUUUGUUGAUGUAGGGGCUCUCCAAUAUGGCUAAGUACUAUACAGUAACCGUGAACUAUGAAAUAAGAGUGUUGUAAUAUAGAUAAAUGUGAAAAGGUGAUGUAGGGAAGCGGCGCCGUCAGUAAUGUCCUCAAAUCCAAUUAAGUAUAGGAUGAUAUGAAAUAAGACGAGAAAACAAAAUCUUGUGCAGUAUUUUCAAUGCUGGUGAUAUUAGAUGAAAAGAAAAAGAAAUACACUUAGAAUUGUUUUGAGCUUAACAUCAGCUCCAUAUGUAUUCGCUUGGAAUGGUAUGAUCCCAGUCUAUGGAAUGCUGGUGUAGGUCCUGGUCCUCUUAUGACAGUCAUUAGUUCAUCAUUCUAAAUACAUCUACAUACUCCUUUUAUUUAUUUAAAAACAUUACUCUGUGUCUUUUAAUUUUUUUUUUUUUUUUUAUCUUUCAAGGCUGGGACUGUGUGAUGGAGUGGCUAAGACGGGAAUACUGGUCCCGCCAACUAGGCAAUUCUGCAACUUCUUCAUGGGUAUCUGAGGAAGAAGAAUUGUCGGAAGAGGAAGAGGAAGAGGAAGCUGCCCCAGAACUGUCUUAUAAAGAACAGAAAAGGAAAAAACUCUCCGGUAUGUAAACUAAAUGGUUACUGUGGCAUCUAUGGCUAAUCAUUGAAGGGUUAAAGGGUUACUCCAACCAAAGAACUGUGUUUUAAGAAGACAAACCUGAACAAAGCAACACUAAACUAGGGGAUUGGAGUGCCCCUUUAAAUUGUGAAGCCUUUUUUUUUUUUUUUUUCUCAUAGUAAUUUUAGAUUUUACCACUUGUCCGGCGAUCCUUAAUUCCAUCCGUAUAUGGGAUAAGACUGCCACUAAAUAUGCCCUAAAACAUACACCCUCGCCGCUUACUCCAUAUUUACAAAACAAAGCAUUCGAGCCCGGGCUGAGCACACGAGAUUUUAAGGGGAUAGAAAGUACGGGGAUACAGAGAUAUGGGUACAUGUACUAGGGAGGUUCCUUCAAAACAUACGACACUCUACAAACGUUGGUGCCCCUAACCACGAGAGAUGUAUUUAGAUACAUACAACUACGAAAUUUUGCUAAAACCCCGGUGGUUAAACAAGCAGCCCACACCCAGAUGACAUUUUUUGAACAGCUAUGUAACGCUGAAACGGUACCCAAAGGCCUCAUAACUGCCAUAUACACCCAACUCAGCGCCCCUGACAAAGACGCUCAAGACCCAAGGUACAUAACCCAGUGGGAGACAGAUCUGGGCGGGGAGCUGGAGGGGGAGGACUGGGUGGACAUUUGGGAAGUGACUGCAAAGAUGUCGAUUUGCGUAGUCCAACAGGAACAAUCUUACAAAAUGCUCAUGCGAUGGUACACCACACCAGUACAAUUAUAUAGAAUGGGGAAAACCACGACUGACACGUGCUGGAGGGGAUGUGACAGCAAAGGCACCUUCAUACAUAUGUGGUGGGAGUGCCCAGAAGCCCACAAAUACUGGAAGCGCAUACAGUCAAUAAUCACUGACAUUCUGGAGAGACCAGUGGACUUGGACCCCUGGUCCAUCCUGUUAUCCAGACCCAUAGAUGGCCUCCCCAGGAGGGAGCAAGUACUCCUUAACAAAGUCACACUUGCAGCCAGAAGGGCCCUAGCUCAAACGUGGUUAUAACACACCACACCCACUGAUAACGACGUGAUAGUAAAAAUCAAAGACACAUACUUGAUGGACAAACUCACAGCUCAAAUUCGAAACACGGAAAAAGUCUUUCAUAAAAUUUUGAAGCCCUGGGAAAAAUAUACUAACGAAUAAAACCCCACCCCACCGGGAAGAGAAGGGGACCGGACCACGGACAGACGCGCGCCUCAACAAUUAUCCCCCUCCCCCUUCUACCCCCCCGUCCUUCCCCUACCCUUCCUCCCACAUGUGGCAUAGAGGAUGUCGUGCAUAGACUGCCCGCCCACGCUCAUCCCAGGGUCCCACGUAGACCGCACUGAGACAAACUAAUAGGAGACAGCCGAUAGGGAAGAAAACAGUAUAGAAGCCGACAAGGGCUCCAGUAGCGAACAUGCAGGGCCAACCCAACUCGCGACAACGCUCCCAGGACUCGCGCUGAUAGACCCUCAGGGUCCAAAAAACACAAAGUUGGGAAGGCAUCAAAAUCCCUACCUGAGAGGUCAUCCGGGAUAGGGACACACACAGGAGGGGGAAGGAUAAGCCGAUAAAAGCUACUGUAAACGACAUGCGUAUAUGACACUGGGGCCCUGGAUGCGGAACGCAGAAACCUAAAUCAAACGCACUAACAGACAUCUAGGGCUUGCUGGUGGGUUGGAAGCUCAUAGUAGGGAACUAUAUCGGAGGCUCUUACCUUAGGUAGCUCUAUUUAGUUACUAUUUGUCUAGUAUUGUUUAGUUUUGUUCUGUAUUACAUUUUAUACUUUACUUUAUUUUUAUCUGUGGGCAUUAAAAGCCAAUCAAAACAGAAACGGCGACACUGCACGGCUUAACAGAACCUGGCAUUAACUUAUAAAACCGCUUAUCUUCUGUAUAAUGCAUUGUUUGUCUCAAUCACUGUUGGCCCCUCCGCGAGCCACUGAAUACUGCCAUGCCGUAAUAUGUGUCGAAUCAAAAAUAAAGAAUUUAAAAAAAAUAAAAUAAACAUAAGACCUUUGUGGAAAUAAUACUUUGUUCUAAACUUUGCUCCAGCGUUCACUUGACAUGAAGAGCUAUACGUCUGUCAUAAUACAAAAGAUAGAAGUACAUACUCUCUCGAUCGUGCAGGUGUCUCUCUGUGGUCAUUUUGAAGUACUGGGUGCAUCUUUAUUCUACUUUUAUGUAUUGCUGGUUUUAUUUAUCUUGGUAUUAACAUAUCCAGUAAAGUAUAUAGUUACAGAGGUACUAGAAAACAAUAUCAAUUGGUCUAACUGCAGCUGCAAACUAAAAUGAAACUCUCCAAUGAGGAACCGUCAUUAUUGUCUAUGGGGAUAAAUCAUGUCCUAUAAUUCCCUGCCCAGCAUGGGAUUAUGGGUUUAUUGGUUUCCCUCCAAAGAUGUGUUGAAAUCAACACCUAUGAUGAUUUGAACUGCUUUUUAAACUGAAAAUGGCCACAAUGUGAAUGCUAUCAGAUAUAUACAACUUGGCUUAGUGAACCAACCCAUGUCCUGGUUGACUUUAGUGAUCCUUUAAUAAAAGCAUUCAAUGGAGGCAGCAAGCUAUAAUAACUUUGUUUUGGCCACUAGGUGUCAGGAUUCAUCACAUUAUUUCAGUAUCACCAAGAGAGAGUUUCUGAAAUAUUGUGCUAUAACUAUCAGAUGUGUAGCGCAUCCAAAUUGGUUUCAGAAUUGUAAUGAGACAAAUGUUUUAUAGCACAUUCCCCUUAUAGACAGUUAAUUCCUGUCAAGUAAAAAAUUUAAAGGCGAUGAUAUAGUAACUGUGUGUGCCCAUAUAACCAAGGCAACUUAUGUUAUAAAAGAAACUCUAGAUAUGACCAAAUUGAAGCAGAAAAUAUAUUGCCAACUCACUUUGGCAAAUGGUCACUCGGCUAUAUGGUUGAUUUUAGUUUUGUCCUCGGCCAACCCCCAACAUUGUGCACUCUGUAUAUGAUGAAGUGCUUUUCGAACUACACUACAGAAAAAGUAGAUAUAAUAUGACUGCUUAGAUUCCACUUUUAUUGCCAUCAUACGGUUUUAUUUUUAUUUUUUACUCCAUGGGGUUAUUUUACUGUCCAAUGACCUCAAAUAAGACCACUGCCGCUGAGAGGAUGAGACCUUCUCACUGGGUAUUAUGAGGCUGACAAAAUCUUGUUUGGAAACGUUUAUUUUAAAUCUGAAAUUCCGGCAAAUGUCAGGUGGUUUCAUAAUCUGGACUAGCGUAACAUUUCAAAUGUGCAGGUUUACUCUGAUAUUAACUCGUACUGUGACUAUACUACGAUUAUUUAAAUAGCGAUACAUUCCAUGGUUUGUGACUAUUCCACGUGGCCUGCUUACUACUUCCCUUGUAGAGGGAAAAAUAAUUUGUAUAUUUUUCAUUGUGAUCUGAUCUAAUCAUGAUGAAUAAAAACUUCUUUCUCUGACUGAAAUGAUAUGGAGUGAUGCCUGGCAGACUCCAGGUAAGAAGUCAAACCGUUCUAAAAUGGUUUCAUGCAUUACUGGGGGGAGAGGGGGACGACAUUCCUGGAACAUAACCACUACUGCUUGCUGUUUUGGUUAUGUUACUUAGAUUGUAACAUGUACUAUGCAUAAUGGGCUAUUAAAACAAUACAAUCAUGGUAUGUUUUAAUGUCAGAGGAAACUUAAACUUUAGAAAUGUUAUUCUAGUUUAGAGUUUCACCUCUUGACAUCUUAUAAAUUCUAAGGGUAUUUCCCUUGUCUGUUUUCCACAACUCUCAGUAUAGUGAAUAAAACGUUGUUCCUCAUUUGAUAACCCGCACCAUUUAAUGUACAGCAACAUCUGUGAUAUGCUUACAUCUCCUUGACCUAACACACUCUAGAUCUAUGUUUAUAGUCUAUGAAGGCUGUUGGAUCUCACACAGAUGUUCUCCCAACACUAAUCAAUACAUUCUCUCAAGUUUUAGCAAAAUGGCUUACAACUACUUGCAUACUUAAUUUAAAAAAAAAAAAAAAAAUUUUUUUAAAUGUAUGUUAAAGGACUUGCCAAUGCUAGCGAUGAUUAACUGACUUGUAAUGUGUAUGAUGUAUUUUGUCCGGAUGCAAGAAUUGCACAAGCUGUGGAGUAAGGGAUAUCUAAAUAAAUGUAAUAUACUCACAGUAUGUGUUACUGUCAUAGGAAACUUGCACGUUAGAAUCACCACCUGACAUGCAGGAUUUUGGGGUAAUUACCUUGACAGUUAUCCUCAAAACCUAGUUUACUGGAUAAAUCCUAGUCUGUUUCUCUAGGUAAUCUACUGGUCUAUAAGCAUAUUGGCAACAGUGCUCAAUUUGCCGUUUCAAAAUGUUCUUUUUAAAAUGAUAUGCAUAUGCCUGCAAGUUUAAUGUCUAAUUUGCAUAGUCUUGUAUUUAUUGUAUACCAACAGAGCACAGAUGACUAAACCACUCUACAACAGGUGGACAUAUUGGUGCUUCGCACAUUUAGCAUCUCCUGAAUAAACUGGGCUAAAGCAGGGAUACAUAUGCCCUGAAUUUCAAAUGCCAUGGUGUUUGCUUUAUAGAAUACCAAGUGGAAUAUCACCAUGUAUAUGAGUCUACAAAAUAAAACGCACAAUACUGGAGCGCUUAGUAUAUAAAGACUUUAUAGGGGCAAAAAUAGAGCUAUUUAUAGGUUAUAUAAGUUCCCAAAUAUUUGUUAGAUACUAGCUACCACACUUCAAAGUGAUCCCUUCACCACAUAUAGAGUAUUCAAAGUAUAGUAUUAAGAAGUGGAGCGAUAUCAAACUACAGUAAGCCCCUCUCCCACAUGCAACAGAGCUUUCAAGAGGAAAAGAAAAAUACUUAUAUUUCUCACUGGAUGGUAUUCCAAUUCAUACUCUGCAUGCAAGAGAAAAAUAAAAAGAUCAUAGAACAGAUCUGUAUAGAUUACCUGGCACUUCUUAAAUAGUGCUAAAUGUCACAUGUAAUUACUUGAUCAGCUGGGUAUUAAUUUUAUUACCAAUAUGUAGCAAAUAUCAAAUAUAAAAACAAGCUGGGAGAUGUCUCCUAUGUUAAGGGGUCAGUGGAGUUCCUUUGGUGCAGUCCGGGUAGCAUGCGAAUUAUCAGCUGCUGCUCUUUAAAAAGUCCCGGCUUGUUGGUAGGCUCCACCCCCUUCUCAACGUGUUUCCAUUUCUACGCGUUUCUCCGUUCAGGCGGCUUCGUCAGGAUGUUAGCACUUUACGUCCUGACGAAGCCGUCUGUGAGCAGAGAAACGCGUAGACACAAACACGUUGAGAAGGGGGCGGAGCCUACCAACAAGCCGGGACUUUUGAAAGAGCAGCAGCUGAUAAUUCGCAUGCUACCCGGACUGCACCAAAGGAACUCCAUUCCGAAGAGUUUAAAAACACAGGUUUCUUACAAGGCUGUCAAUGCUGUAUUGAAUAGUCUAGUUAUCACAAUUAGGAAGGAAAAGGGUUAAAAUAAAUUAUGCCUUUUUUAUUUUAUUUUUUUAUUUGCAUGAUUAAAGCUCUGUACUUGUUGAUAAGCGAUGUUUACCCUAUCUGUAUUGUGUUUUUAUACAGGAUAUUUGUUCUCUUAGGGUAUUUCCCUUUUCAUGGCAUCUGCAGUGAAGGCCAAGUACUAUUUGCUUUGAAACUGGUUAGAUUGCUUUAUUGGGAAAUUACAGAAUAUACAGAAACUGUUAAUCUGCUUAUUAUACUAUCCUUCACUUUUAAUUGCACAAUGUAGCUUUUAUAACUUUUUUUCUAAUUAUUUCCUUGCAGUUAAACUGAGGGAGACUCUGCAGUCCUAUAAAAAAGAACAGUUCAAGGUACAAUUAUUUUUGUGAACGCUGUUUGCUUGGCUACCUAUGGUUGAGUUUAAGUGUAAGUGCCAGCUCUCUAAGAAAUGCAAAGAUGUAUGAUUUCAAAUAUAGGUACCCCAUUAUUUCUUUGAGCCCCAAGUGAUUUUAAGCUGUUUGGGUAUGUCAAUUCCACUUCCAGACAAGUCUGCAUCAGGACAGUUCUCUAUUGCCCUACAAGUACCCCUUGCUCUGUGCCUGCUCUGGGACCACCCUCAUGCUGUGGCAUCUGUGCCCUGUAGGUGACUGCAAAAACAAUAAAAUUGUCUCUCCCCACCUUCCAGACUUAAAGGUUGCUCCAAUAAGUAUAACCAAUUCAAGCACCUUUGUCAAUUAAAGUUUCUGAAGUCUGUAUGUGUAGUGUGUGUCAGUCUGAAAAGCUUUACAUACAGAGUAAAAGCUCUUUGCUACUGGCAAUUUAUCUCCACCUCCUGCAGUGCUAAUAGCUAGCCUGAAGUGAGGUUUCUGGGCUGGCUAAUGUUAAUUUUGUGCAUAUUAGGCACCUGUCUUUAGCAUGCUGGCGACAAUAGAAGAAUACGUGUGUUCAACUGUAAAUUAAGGGUUUCUUUUUAAGUGCUCCCAUACGUAUUCUAUAUUGUUUUUUAAAGGACAGAAUUUUGUAAUAUUCUAUAUGUAUCCUUAACAUUAAAGGACCACUAUAGUGCCAGGAAAACACUAGUUUUCCUGGCACUAUAGUGCCCUUAGGGUGCCUCCACCCUCAGGGACCCCCUCCCGCCGGGCUCUGGGGAGAAGAAGGGGUUAAACUUCUUUCUCCAGCGCCGGGCGGGGAGCUCUCCACCCUCUUCGGCUGAAUGCGCAGGAGCUGCGCGCGCAUUCAGCCAGUUCAUAGGAAAGCAUUCUCAAUUCUCAAAAAAAAUAAGGAAAUGUCUGUAAUGCAGUUUUCAGUAUUGCAAAAAUGUAACAGUGAUGGUGAAACUCCAGCAUGUCAAUAAUACUGUGAUUGGCGCUGUGUAGCUUGCAAAGCCCAGCAUCAAUCAAAAUUGGCAGGGUGCGAUAAUGGGAGACCCCGUCGGUGUCUCUCUUGAGUACCUGCCAGGCCAGAAGCUUUGUGGCAGAGUGCGAUCUGCCACAGUGUUCUCCAUGGAUUUAAAGGGCUGGACACACAUGGCAAACCCACUAUCACCACCAGUGUUUUAUUUAAAACAGGUUGUUUUUGGUUGGAGUAAGACUUUGACAGCUGCUGUAAAGUUGAGUUUUGUCUUAGGCAUUAAAGGAUCACUAUAGUGCCAGGAACACAAGCAUGUAUUCCUAACCCUAUAGUAUUCAACCCACUAUUUAGCCCCCUGGGCCCCUCAUGCCUCCAUAAAGAUAGCAAAAAUCUUACUGUAUUAAAGCCUGAAGUUGUAACUGCAUGCUAUUAGACUCAGAAAAACAAUCUGUGUGCUGACAUCAUCAGAAGUGGUAGCCUGAUCCAAUCAUAGUGCUUCCCCAUAGGAUUGGCUGAGACUGACAAGGAGGCAGAUCAGGGGCAGAGCCAGCAUGAUUCAAACACAGCUCUGGCCAAUCAGCAUAUCCUCAUAGAGAUGAAUUGAAUCAAUGAAUCUUUAUGAGGAAAGUUCAGUGUCUGCAUGCAGAGGGAGGAGAUACUGAAUGUUUGGAUGCAUUUUAGGCAGCCAUGACCCAGGAAGGAUCUCUAACAGCCAUAUGAGGAGUGACCAGUGAGGUUAUCACUAGGCUGUAAUGUAAACACUGCGUUUUCUCUGAAAAGACAGCGUUUACAGCAGAAAGCCUGAAGGUAAUGAUUCUACUUACCAGAACAAAUUCAACUAGAAAAGCUACAAUUUCUGGGGAAAUUGUGUGAAGUGUUCUUGCCUCCACCAGUAGUCUAUAACUGGAGUGGGCGGAGUGGCUUGAGUAACUGUGGAAAGGUUGGACUGGGCAGAGUAACUUUAUGGAGUGAAUUGUUGACCUCAUGCUGAUGAAGAUCUGCAGUUUUUUUCGGACUCCGACAUAAAAAGGAAGAAACGGAUAACCGGCCAGGACAACUAAAAAAAACCUAGAAGAAAUAGAACGUAUUAUUAGAAACAUUGAUUAGCUGUAUUGUUGUAACAUUGUAUGUUACUGUUUUUCUGUUACAGGUAUAACGAAUUGACUAACAUGGAAAUAUAUUUAUUAAAUGUGAUAGUGCUCACUUUUGUGUUAUCAAAACUGUAGGAUUGACAGCCAUUUAGAGAAUGUUUCAUGUAGCAGCCUCUGUGUUCCGGAACACUCUGCUGGCUGCUCACACACCUGGGUUCCUAUGGCAACUCACUCUACAGGAAGGGCAGAGAAGAGCGGUUAAAAACAAACUGCUCCAAAUUGCUCACUUUACAGGCGGUUGCCAUCUUCAAAUGGUCGUAGUUUUAAAGACUAUAAAUCCUACAGUGAAAAGCUUUAUAUUGUGAGAAUCACAAGACCCAGACCUACAUUUUUAUGCAUCGUAUGUCUCUGAAAUAUUAAAGGAAGGCACAGUCGCAGUUUAGAAAUUGCCCUUCAAGUUUGAGCUGGCUAGAGUGAAGUUUCAAUGAAUGUCAAUGGACGGCGUGAGUUGCAAACAAAUGGUCAUAUUGUGAAAACUAUCAGGACUAUGGCUUAGCUGUGGACAUGUUUAGUGGCAGCAGGGAUAGCUGAAUGUUUUGAUCUAAGAUUUGUGUAGGUGGGCUUGAAAAUGAGGGAGUGGUGGCAGCUUAGAAAUAAUGUCCUGAUUUUUCAGCUCACACUCUAGCUUUUGUCAGCUCCCAUUCUAGUUUUGAACAUUCUGUCAUUCAUUCCUAUUUGACCUAUUUCACCACAGAGAAAGACAUCCAGUUCAGGUGUCUGGUGUACCUUAUUCAGAAUGACCAGAAACAUCAUUAGUGGCUAAAAGGGACAACACCCCCCCCCACCCUUUUUGUAAAGCUCUGCUUCAAACCCAUAGUUAAAUAUUAAUCUUAAUUGUUGAAAAUGGCUAAUCGAAAGAAAGACUUUUUUUUUUUUCAUACACAAUUUAUGGUGACUUUGCAUGACUAUUUUGGUAACAAUUUUUUCAAUACACAAAAAAGGAAGAGGGUAUUAUUAGUCUUACCAACUGGCUCACCCUGUAGCCCUUUAAAAAAUAAAAAAUAAAAAAAAAUUACUAGAAGUACCAGGAAUACAAAACUGUGGUACUUAUACACUGCUCAAAAAACCCCCACAAAAAUAACACAUCCUAGAUCUGAAUGAAUUAAAUAUUCUUCUGAAAUACUUUGUUCUUUACAUAGUUGAAUGUGCUGACGACAAAAUCACACAAAACUGAAAAAAAUGGAAAUCAAAUUUUUCAACCCAUGGAGGUCUGGAUUUGGAGUCACACUCAAAAUGAAAGUGGAAAAACACACUACAGGCUGAUCCAACUUUGAUGUAAUGUCCUUAAAACAAGUCAAAAUGAGGCUCAGUAGUGUGUGUGGCCUCCAUGUGCCUGUAUGACCUCCUUACAACGCCUGUGCAUGCUCCUGAUGAGGUGGCAGAUGGUUUCCUGAGGGAUCUCCUCCCAGACCUGGACUAAAGCAUCUGCCAACUCCUGGACAGUCUGUGGUGCAACGUGAUGUUGGUGGAUGGAGUGAGACAUGAUGUGCUCAAUUGGAUUCAGGUCUGGGGAACGGCCGGGGCAGUCCAUAGCAUCAAUGCCUUCGUCUUGCAGGAACUGCUGACACACUCCAGCCACAUGAGGUCUAGCAUUGUCUUGCAUUAGGAGGAACCCAGGGCCAACCGCACCAGCAUAUGGUCUCACAAGGGGUCUGAGGAUCUCAUCUCUGUACCUAAUGGCAGUCAGGCUACCUCUGGCAAGCACAUGGAGGGCUGUGUCACCCCACACCAUUACUGACCCACUGCCAAACCGGUCAUGCUGAAGGAUGUUGCAGGCAGCAGAAUGUUGUCCACGGCGUCUCCAGAUUCUGUUACGUUUGUCACGUGCUCAGUGUGAACCUGCUUUCAUCUGUGAAGAGCACAGGGUGCCAGUGGCGAAUUUGCCAAACGCCCUGCACGGUGUUGGGCUGUAAGCACAACCCCCACCUGUGGACGUCUGGCCCUCAUACCACCCUCAUGUAGUCUGUUUCUGACCGUUUCAGCAGACACAUGCACAUUUGUGGCCUGCUGGAAGUCAUUUUGCAGGGCUCUGGUAGUGCUCCUCCUGUUCCUCCUUGCACAAAGGCAGAGGUAGUGGUCCUGCUGCUGGGUUGUUGCCCUCCUACGGCCUCCUUCACGUCUCCUGAUGUACUGGCCUGUCUCCUGGUAGCGCCUCCAUGCUCUGGACACUACGCUGACAGACACAGCAAACCACCUUGCCACAGCUCGUAUUGAUGUGCCAUCCUGGAUGAGCUGCACUACCUGAGCCACUUGUGUGGGUUGUAGACUCCGUCUCAUGCUACCACUAGAGUGAAAGCACUGCCAGCAUUCAAAAGUGACCAAAAAAUCUGCCAGGAAGCAUAGGAAUUGAGAAGUGGUCUGUGGUCACCACCUGCAGAACCACUACUUUAUUGGGGGUGUCUUGCUAAUUGCCUAUAAUUUCCACCUGUUGUGCAUCCCAUUUGCACAACAGCAUGUGAAAUUGAUUGUCACUCAGUGUUGCUACUUAAAGGACCACUCUAGGCACCCAGACCACUUCAGCUUAAUGAAGUGGUCUGGGUGCCAGGUCCAGCUAGGGUUAACCCAUUUUUUAAUAAACAUAGCAGUUUCAGAGAAACUGCUAUGUUUAUGGGUUAAGCCUUCCCCCUAAUCCUCUAGUGGCUGUCUCAUUGACAGCCACUAGAGGCGCUUGCGUGCUUCUCACUGUGAUUUUCACAGUGAGAGCACGCCAGCGUCCAUAGGAAAGCAUUGUAAAUAAUUUCCUAUGCGACCGGCUGAAUGCGCGCGCAGCUCUUGCCGCGCGUGCGCAUUCAGCGGACGGGACGGGACGGGGCGGAUCGGAGAAGGAGGGGAGCUCUCCGCCCAGCGCUGGAAAAAGGUAAGUUUAAACCCAUUUACCCUUUCCAGAGCCGGGCCGGUGGGGGCACCCUCAGGGCACUAUAGUGCCAGGAAAAAGAGUGUGUUUUCCUGGCACUAUAGUGGUCCUUUAAGUGGACAGUUUGAUUUCACAGAAGUGUGAUUGACUUGUAGUUACAUUGUGUUGUUUAAGUGUUCCUUUUAUUAUUUUGAGCAGUGUAGUAUCUUCUGGCACUAUAGCCUCUCUACCCCCUCACUGCCCCACCUCUCUUGCGUGGCCCCGCCCAGGUAAAUAAAACGUUAACACUUUAUUUACUUUUUCCUAGUACCGAAGCUCGGCCCGCGACCAAGCGGGUGCGAAAGCGCAUGCGCGGCAAAUGCCCCAAGCGGUUUUGACAUCUCCAUAGGAAAGCAUUGAAUCAAUGCUUUCCUAUGGGGAAAAAUCUGAAGCUGGAUGUCCAAAUGCAGAGUGUGAGGACGUCCAGCAUCUCAUAACAAAGUUCCAUUUCAAUUCAGGAAGCCCUCUAGUGGCUGUCUGCAGUUUCUUUGGAAGAGUGCAAAAGGGACACUGCACCCACACCCCUUCAAUGAGCUAAAGUGGUCUGGGUGCCUACAGUGUCUCUUUAAUUAAAAAAAAAAAUAAAAAUUUAAGUUUCAAUAAAUUAUUUAGAAACAUGAUCCACUCUUUUUUUAUACAUGUGAGGUAAAUGGGGAUAUUAUUGUAAUAUCCUAUACAAUAAUACUGUUGCUGAAUGGGGUGUUAAAGAAAAGGGCUGCACAAAUACAUUAUGUAAACUGCUUUCUGAGAAAACAUAAUUGUGACAGAACCAUCUGUCUGCUGGAUUUUUGCCCGUUCGUCCGUUUGUCCCCGUUCGUAUGAAUGGCUGGUUUCUAUAGCCCAGCCAUUCGAAUGACUCUUUUUCCCGAACAAAACCUCCGAACGAACGGCCACCCAAGUGAGGAGUGUGCUGCAGGUUAACGAAGUGAUCACCAUUAUAACGUUGUGGUUAACCGCAGACACUUCUCAAUUAAACCGAACUCAGGGUGGUCGCCGUUCGUAUGUCGACCACGAGGCAGCGGCCAUUUUAAAUCAUGCGAACGCUCAGCGGUGUUUGGCUCUAUUUCUAUGGAACGGAAAACGGACACUUUUUCUGUCGAACACCGCUGAAACAAGGGAACGCCUGGCUGCCUCCACGAAAGCAUGCGAACAUCGGCCGUUCGGGAGAUUGAGACCACACAAAAGACUUAACCCAGAUAGCCCACCCAUGGAGUCAUUCGUGUACCGAAGGACUGUAAGAACUUUGACUCCAUGGCGAUUGAACUAUGUGUGUGGGAUCUGAGCGCUAUUCGCCAAUAAAAUGCACUCAGAUCCAGGCUAUCUGGGGACAUGUAAUACGAAUGGGAAAUGUUCAGUUUUCAUGUAGUUAUGUAUUUUUGUGUCUUUUAUUAUUUCAUGUUUAAGAUGGCGACUGUCCUUGUCCUGGAGUUAAUUGAGUUACUUGGUAAUUAACUCCAGGACAGAGGGGAGGGAAUCAGAAUGUACUGUGGGUAAAUUAUGUGACUGUGUGUCAGAAAUGUCCUGCUAUCUGUCUGUACUUUAAGUCUUCCAUUUGGUCCCCUAGGGGAGUGUCCACCAGGUGGGAGACCUGCAUAAAUACGGGCAGGUAGCCCACAGUAAACCCAGAUCUUAUUUGACCCUCAAUGCGGAGCUUCUGUCUCGUUAUUGGGGGGAUUUCUUCUUCACGUUUAGAGACUGCUGGAUGGAACGAAAGCCGCUUUGGGGAUAUUAUUGUUCGACGGUUCCUAGCAGUUCGUAUAUUGCCGUUCGGGAGUUUGGAGCCGUUCGUGGAUUUCGAUCGGGAGAUUGCCGCUUCCCCUGCAUUUGGUUCGUGGGUUACAGAGUAAGCGAACAGAGACUGUACUGCAGCCGGGGAAGGUUUACUAAACGGCGGUUUGGCUUAAAGACACGGGAGGUGUCUUAACAAUUGGUGGCAAGCGACGGGAUGAAUCCUACAGCACUGGAGGUCAGCUACAAGAGAUGCAGUACGAGGAAUUAAGGCGUGCUACACUUAAGGACAUAUUGGAACGCCGAGGAAGGUCAGCAAGCAAUCUAAAGAAACGGGAGAUUAUUGCUUUGCUAAUGGAGAUGGAUGCAGCAACGGGAAUGGAAAGAGUCAACGUGCCCAGUACCUUGGAUUUAACACCCGAGGAAAUACAAUUCAACCGGGCAGUACAAAUAAGGCUGGCACAUUUUGGCCCCAACCCCUCAGCUGACAUCGUGGUUCGUGUGCAGGCAGCAGUUGCAACACAACAGGCAGACCCAGUGCAAGCGGCUCACCAGGAUAAUCGCCAGCAACAUCGGCAAACUGUGAAGCUAAAUGGCAGAGUGGUGAAUGGGCUGAGAGACACAGGAGCCACGAUGACACUGCUCCAAAAGAACUUGGUCUCAGAGCAUCAACACACUGGAGACACUGUGGCAGUAAGGGUAGCAGGGGGUGCCGUGUUUCGCUUACCUGUUGCCCGAGUACAUUUGGAUUGGGGAGUGGGCGCUAGGCAUGUGGAUGUGGGGGUGAUGAAGGACUUGCCCGCAGAUGUUCUUUUGGGAAACGAUUUGGCCCCUUUGGUUUCGGCCUAUGCUCCGAUGGGCCCUGCAGACGUGAACCCAGUGACUACCCGUGCCCAGACCCGUGCUGCCGGAACCAGCCUGCUUGCUGACGAGACCCAGGUAAGAUCUCCUUCCCCGACUGAUACCCCAGAUCAGGUCCCCUUAAGCUGGGAUUCCCCAGAGGAGUUUGGGAGGGAAACCCGGGCGGAUCCGACCCUCCAAAGAUACAAGGACAGGGCAGAGGCUGGGGAGGAAGGAAUAGAUGGGGAACGGUAUGAGUGGGUGGGGGACAGGUUAUAUAGGAUCCCUAAACCUUCCCAGAAGAGUGUUGCCUCUCCGCCGAAUCGCCAGUUAGUGGUACCUGCAAAGUACCGGCAGGAGAUUCUACGGAUAGGGCAUGAUGUUCCUUUAGCUGGACAUCUAGGGUCCCGCCGCACAGCCUAUAGGAUUUCACAGAACUUCUUUUGGCCAAACUUUAACCAGGCUGUGCGGAUGUACUGCAGCACGUGUGACACAUGUCAACGGGUAGGAAAGCGGGGGGACCACCCUAAGGCUAGGCUAUUAUCGAUGCCUAUUAUAGGGGAGCCCUUUGCCCGCAUAGCCGUUGACAUUGUGGGUCCACUGGCCAGGGCUAGUCCAUCCGGUAAGAAGUAUGUUCUUACCGUGGUGGACUAUGCCACCCGCUAUCCAGAGGCAGUAGCGCUGUCUAACAUAGAGGCAGAGACGGUUGCUGAUGCCCUGGUUAGAAUUUUUACUAGGGUCGGGUUCCCUAAGGAGAUCCUCUCCGACCAGGGAACCCAAUUCACCGCUGUGCUCACCCAGCAACUGUGGAAGGUGUGCGGCAUUAAGCCGUUACUUAGCUCACCCUACCACCCACAGACUAACGGUCUCUGCGAGCGCUUUAACGGUACCCUCAAACAGAUGCUGAGGACCUUUACAGACACUUGCAGAGACUGGGAGAGAUUCCUGCCUCAUCUAUUAUUUUCUUAUAGAGAGGUGCCCCAGGAAUCUACUGGGUUCUCCCCCUUUGAGCUGCUGUAUGGGAGAAGGGUCCGCGGACCCCUAGAUCUCAUUAGAGGCCACUGGGAGGGGGAGACGGAGCAGGAAGGGACCCCCAUAGUGCCAUAUGUUCUGGAACUCCGGGACCGCAUGGAGAAACUGUCCCUGAUGGUAAGGGAGAAUCUCCAGGCGGCCCAGGGGAGACAGAAGAGAUGGUACGAUCAGGGUGCCCGACAGCGGGUCUUCCAGGUUGGGCAAAAGGUAUUGGUGCUUAAACCUGUGAAGGCCAACAAGAUGCAAGCAUCUUGGCAGGGCCCGUACAAGGUAGUGGCGCAGAUCUGCGACACUACUUACUUGAUAGCCAGCUGUGCAGAUGAGAGGAUCCAGCGGUCCUUUCAUGUGAACAUGCUGAAAGAGUACCAGGAGAGACCUGAGAAUAUUGCAGCAGUGUGUGCCCCAGCUGCAGAUGAUUCUGAGAAUUUACCCCUUCCAGAUCUAUUAGAAAGGGAUUCCCAGACUGACCUUACUACCUUGGUACAGCUAGGGGACCGGUUGAACCCCACAGAAAGGGUACAGGCGCAGCAGUUGUUAUGGGAGAAGCAGGCGACGUUCUCCCAGGAACCAGGUUAUACCACCCUAGCUGUGCAUAAGGUAGAGACCCCUGGACAGACCCCGUUGCGACAGCCCCCCUACCGUAUCCCUGAAGCAGUCCGUGAAGGAAUGCGGAAGGAGACACAGGAGAUGACCCAACUUGGGGUUAUCGAGCACUCCGACAGCCCUUGGGCCUCGCCUGUAGUCCUGGUGCCAAAGAAAGAUGGGACCACCCGGUUCUGAGUGGACUACAGGCGACUCAACGAGCGGACCACCACUGACGCCUACCCAAUGCCCCGGGUAGACGAAUUACUAGAUCGUAUUGCCAGGGGGCGAUAUCUGACCACCAUAGACCUGUGCAAGGGAUACUGGCAGAUCCCCCUGGCCGAGGAUGCUAUCCCCAAGUCGGCAUUUGUCACCCCAUUUGGCCUGUACCAAUUUAAGGUCAUGCCUUUUGGGAUGAAAAUGCACCGGCUACCUUCCAACGGAUGGUGGAUAGACUCCUGGAUGGCUUCCAAGAAUUUGCCUGUGCAUACUUGGACGACAUUGCGAUCUACAGUGGGUCCUGGGAGGAACACCUGGUACAUGUAGGGGUAGUGCUGGAUAAGAUUAGGGCCGCUGGCCUGACAUUGAAGCCAGAAAAGUGUCAUCUAGGUAUGGCUGAAGUACAGUACCUGGGUCACAGAGUGGGGUGUGGGAGCCAGAGACCAGAGCCAGCCAAGGUAGAGGCAGUGGCUAACUGGCCCACACCUACUACUAAGACCCAGGUAUUGGCCUUCUUGGGGACGGCAGGGUACUACAGACGCUUUGUCCCUGACUACAGCGCUAUCGCUAAGCCCCUGACAGACCUGACCAAGAAGAACUUGCCUAAGCAGGUCCUGUGGUCUCCGGCUUGUGAAGCUGCGUUCCAGGCACUGAAGCAGGCUCUUGUGAAUGCCCCUGUCUUGGCUGCCCCAGUCCCUAACAAACGCUUUCUCGUACACACAGAUGCUUCCAUGUAUGGACUGGGGGCUGUGCUGAGCCAAGUCGGGGAAGAUGGAGGAGAGCACCCUGUCGCAUAUCUCAGCAGAAAGUUGUUACCCAGAGAAGUGAGUUAUGCGGCAGUGGAGAAGGAAUGUUUGGCCUUGGUCUGGGCACUGAAAAAGUUAAGCCCCUAUUUGUAUGGGCAAGAGUUUUCCCUUGUGACUGAUCACAACCCACUCGUUUGGCUUAACCGGGUCUCAGGAGACAAUGGGAGACUGCUGAGAUGGAGCUUGGCACUACAGCCCUACAAUUUUACCAUCAGCUACAGACCCGGUAAGCUAAACGGAAACGCAGAUGGGUUGUCACGACAAACAGACGUUUCCAUCACCUCGUAGUCCGGUCAUCCCCAAGUUGACCCGCCACAGGGUCAAGCCGGGUCUGCCGGAGUGUCCCACAAGGAGGGAGCCGUGUGACAGAACCAUCUGUCUGCUGGAUUUUUGCCCGUUCGUCUGUUUGUCCCCGUUCGUAUGAAUGGCUGGUUUCUAUAGCCCAGCCAUUCGAAUGACUCUUUUUCCCGAACAAAACCGCCGAACGAACGGCCACCCAAGUGAGGAGUGUGCUGCAGGUUAACGAAGUGAUCACCAUUAUAACGCUGUGGUUAACCGCAGACACUUCUCAAUUAAACCGAACUCAGGGUGGUCGUCGUUCGUAUGUCGACCACGAGGCAGCGGCCAUUUUAAAUCAUGCGAACGCUCAGCGGUGUUUGGCUCUAUUUCUAUGGAACGGAAAACGGACACUUUUUCUGUCGAACACCGCUGAAACAAGGGAACGCCUGGCUGCCUCCACGAAAGCAUGCGAACAUCGGCCGUUCGGGAGAUUGAGAACACACAAAAGACUUAACCCAGAUAGCCCACCCAUGGAGUCAUUCGUGUACCGAAGGACUGUAAGAACUUUGACUCCAUGGCGAUUGAACUAUGUGUGUGGGAUCUGAGCGCUAUUCGCCAAUAAAAUGCACUCAGAUCCCGGCUAUCUGGGGACAUGUAAUACGAAUGGGAAAUGUUCAGUCUUCAUGUAGUUAUGCAUUUUUGUGUCUUUUAUUAUUUCAUGUUUAAGAUGGCGACUGUCCUUGUCCUGGAGUUAAUUGAGUUACUUGGUAAUUAACUCCAGGACAGAGGGGAGGGAAUCAGAAUGUACUGUGGGUAAAAUAUGUGACUGUGUGUCAGAAAUGUCCUGCUAUCUGUCUGUACUUUAAGUCUUCCAUUUGGUCCCCUAGGGGAGUGUCCACCAGGUGGGAGACCUGCAUAAAUACGGGCAGGUAGCCCACAGUAAACCCAGAUCUUAUUUGACCCUCAAUGCGGAGCUUCUGUCUCGUUAUUGGGGGAUUUCUUCUUCACGUUAGAGACUGCUGGAUGGAACGAAAGCCGCUUUGGGGAUAUUAUUGUUCGACGGUUCCUAGCAGUUCGUAUAUUGCCGUUCGGGAGUUUGGAGCCGUUCGUGGAUUUCGAUCGGGAGAUUGCCGCUUCCCCUGCAUUUGGUUCGUGGGUUACCGAGUAAGCGAACAGAGACUGUACUGCAGCCGGGGAAGGUUUACUAAACGGCGGUUUGGCUUAAAGACACGGGAGGUGUCUUAACAAUAAUUUUUACAAUUUUAUUUUUCCCUUGAUUUGUAGGAUGAGUCUAUAGAGCGACACAGCUUAACUGACAUUCUGUCUAAAAAUAUUCUUUAGCUAAUUGUCACAAAUAACCCUUUAGAUUGACAACGGAAGACUUAAAGGGACACUAUAGUCACCUGAACAACUUUAACCUAAUGAAUCAGUUUUGGUGUAUAGAUCAUGCCCCUGCAGCCUCACUGCUCAAUCCUCUGCCAUUUAGGAGUUAAAUCCCUUUGUUUAUGAAUAAAAAAGAGGAAUGAGACAGCGCUAAGUAACUAUAGGCAGCAACCUUAAAAGGGAAUCCCUCAAACCCUUUAAAACAAGAUACAAUAAAAGGCUGCGCACAAAAAAUAAAGUCCAAUUAAAAUAAAAUAAAGAAAGUCCAAUUGGUUUGUUCUUACUGGCGUCCUUGAUUGGUGAGGUCUUCUAUUUAUUGUGGUGGUUUCACUUAAUAAAAGAGAAAAAGAGGGACAACCAAUGGUGUAGUAUGUAAAAUUCGAGUCUAGAGGUAAGAAUAAUGGUAUAAAACUCACAUUUACCAGAGCUAAUGUCCAGCUCUGGAGUGAAGCGCGUACAGCAGUUUAAUCCCCGCUUGUGGGAUAUAAGGCAGGUUCCUCUCCAUGAAUGGUAUCCAAUUCUCGGGAUAAAACAAACAGCCAAUAGUGCUCACUGUAUGGCAGAUAAUGAUAAAAUCAUAAAAGAAAUGUACUUACAAAGUAAGAGCAGACGCACUGCUCUUUGAUGAUAGCUUGGGUGGAUUGAUCCCCACCUACGGAUUUCUUUGGGUACAGGAAACUUCCAGGAAUUUUUAAGUUUUUUUUUAAAACCAGUUAAAAAAAAAUUAAAAUAACAAUAAAAAGGCCAGGGUAAAUGAGAAAAGUAUGUGUCUAUAAAAAAGAUAAUUGGCACAAACAAAUGACCAAUAAUACUUUAAUAUAUAAAAAACACAAUAUUCAAAUAUCCAUAACGCGUUUCGUCACAAAAAGGACUUUUUCAAAUGGAAUAACAUAGUUUACCUGGCACAUAGAUGUUAUAUAGGAACAUAAUUAGUUGAAUUUUGGCGCCAAAACUUGGUUCAGCCAAUCAAAAUUAAAAACAUGUAUACAGCUUUAAAUUUCGAAAAUAACAUAAUCAGCAUAUACUUUAUAAUAAUACAGCUUGAUUGUGAUAUAUUAAAAUCAAAAACGAGGGUGGGAAAGUAUAGUUUUAGAAGGUUUGAAGAGGUCACAUGUCCGGCGGCACUUCUGUUUGUUUUAUCCCGAGAAUUGGAUACCAUUCAUGGAGAGGAACCUGCCUUAUAUCCCACAAGCGGGGAUUAAACCGCUGUACGCGCUUCACUCCAGAGCUGGACAUUAGCUCUGGUAAAUGUGAGUUUUAUACCAUUAUUCUUACCUCUAGACUCGAAUUUUACAUACUACACCAUUGGUUGUCCCUCUUUUUCUCUUUUAUUAAGUGAAACCACCACAAUAAAUAGAAGACCUCACCAAUCAAGGACACCAGUAAGAACAAACCAAUUGGACUUUCUUUAUUUUAUUUUAUUUUAAUUGGACUUUAUUUUUUGUGCGCAGCUUUUUAUUGUACCUUUGUUUAUGAACCCUAGUCACACCUCCCUGCAUGUGACUUGCACAGCCUUCCAUAAACACUUCCUGCAAAGAGAGCCUUAUUUAGGCUUUCUUUAUUGCAAGUUCUGUUUAAUUAAGAUUUUCUUAUCCCCUGCUAUGCUAAUAGCUUGCUAGACCCUGCAAGAGCCUCCUGUGUGUGAUUAAAGUUCAAUUUAGAGAUUGAGAUACAAUUAUUUAAGGUAAAUUACAUCUGUUUGAAAGUGAAACCAGUUUUUUUUUCAUGCAGGCUCUGUCAAUCAUAGCCAGGGGAGGUGUGGCUAGGGCUGCAUAAACAGAAACAAAGUGAUUUAACUCCUAAAUGACAGUGAAUUGAGCAGUGAAAUUGCAGGGGAAUGAUCUAUACACUAAAACUGCUUUAUUUAGCUAAAGUAAUUUAGGUGACUAUAGUGUUCCUUUAAUCAGUGUUAAUAAUUUUCAACUAAAAAAAAAAAAAUGUCAGAGUUCAAAUGAAAACAGCAUUUUAAAUAUUCUAUUUUGUUUCAGGAAGGUGACUUUUAUUGUGAGCUAGUGGGGGUUUUUUUUUUGCUUCUCAAGUCUGAAGAAAACAAAAUGCCUUUUCACAUCUGCUUUUCAGGGGACUUUUUCUUUCACAAUCAUAAAGAAUCUGCAGUUAAACCUAUUCAUAUUCAGUUAAAAAUGAGUGCACGCUAAAAUUUAAAGCGGCAGAGACUUGAUUUUGUUCUCCUUUCUUUGUUUUACUUUUCUAAUACCUCUAAAUGACUAAGCUCCCCUCUUUGUCACUUGCCUUUCAUUUAUAUUUAUCUUGACUUGCUUGCACAUGAUCUUAAUACCUGGUGCCUCCAUCUUUUUCUACUGUCUAUGUCAGCAGUUUGACCUUCUGUGGAAUUCUUUUGUCUGAUGGAUUGUGGGCAAGCUAGCUUAGCAACUGAGAUGGAACUUUUUUCAGACUGUCCUUUGCCAACAUUUCCCAAAGAUCAUGCCCUCCACAAAAAAAAAGUCCUUUGCUUUUUCUUGUGUACAACUAAAAAUACUACAAUGAAUUAAAAAAAAAGAAAAGAAAUAAAGGCUUAAUUUAAAAUCAAAAUCUAAAAUGUGACCGCGCUGCUUGAGGUUAUUCCAUGUGUAAAACAUAUGUUUUGUUCACGCACAAACUACCCUUAAUUUCUGGAGUAGAAUUUAGCUGCUGGUUAGUUGGAAACUGUAAUACAAGUACUUCUACUAGGAGUAAACACUUAAAGGGACACUAUAGUCACCAGAAUAACUACAACUUAUUGAAUUUGUUCUGGUGAGUAGAAUCAUUACCUUCAGGCUUUUUGCUGUAAACACAGUCUUUUCAGAGAAAAAGCAGUGUUUAAAUCACAGCCUAGUGAUAACCUCACUGGUCACUCCUCAUAUGGCUGUUAGAGAUCCUUCCUGGGUCAUGGCUGCCUAAAAUGCAUCCAAACGUUCAGUAUCUCCUCCCUCUGCAUGCAGACACUGAACUUUCCUCAUAGAGAUUCAUUAAUUCAAUUCAUCUCUGAGGAUAUGCUGAUUGACCAGGGCUGUUUGCUUCAUGCUGGCUCUGCCCCUGAUCUGCCUCCUUGUCAGUCUCAGCCAAUCCUAUGGGGAAGCAUUGUGAUUGGAUAAGGCCACCACUUCUGAUGAUGUCAGAGGAAGUUCACAGGCAGAGGCAGCAGCUUCAGACUUGAAUACAAGUAAGAUUUUACUAUUUUUAGGGUUCGGUACCUCCGGCGUAGGGGCGAGGGGAGCGGCCGCCCCCCCCCCCGCAGCUCCGUCCACCGCAGCCUGCCACCAUGGGUUCUCGAAAACUCGAAUUUGGCAUUGAGUGAUUCACCAGGGUGCCCCCAGCAUGGGUAGUGUACCCCGGUAUUGUUUCAGGCAUGAAAUCUGCGAGUAUUUCCCUAUAAACAGUCUGUGUGGCAGGAGCUCUUCCACCAUGCGACUGUUCAGCUUGCAGGUCAAGCCCCCCCUCCCUCGCCCCUAUAUACUUAUUAACCCUUAAUACGGAACACAUGGGAUGGGCGGCAGCAUUGUAACAAGGCUGUGUGAUACAAAGUAAAUACAAAUACAAAAAGAGAAGUCCUGCGCUCACUCCCAUCACUACUGUGCCGGCAGCAAUGACUACAGUAUACAUCAGCCCCAAUAUAUAGUACUUAUUAACACUUACACAGCCUUGUUACAAUGCUGCCCCCCAUCCCAUGUGUUUCCUAUUAAGGGUUAAUAAGUAUAUAGGGGUGUAUAUAAAAUAUACCCCUGUCUCAUUAGAGAUAUCUUUGCCAGAAGCUCAAGGAAGCAGGCUGAAGGGUCAGUGACAAACCAACCUUGGUCAAGAGAAUUAUCUGUAAGUAAAGAGAACAUCUACUUGAUCUAAAUACUGGUAUCAUGCGGAAUGUAGUCCUUGAUCUUGGCUUUGCUAAUAUUAGCAUUAUUGCCUUAGUGGGGGAUUUGGCAUCAGGAAUGGCAGCAGAGUGCAAAUGACCUGCGUAGGUGAGCAUCAAUUUUGCAGAGCCCUAGUUAUAAGCUACUAGCUUAUCGUUCUUAUUGCUAUUUUUUUCUUUUUCUUUCUUACUUUGGCUCUGGUGUGUAUGCUAUAAUUUAAUGACUCAGAGCUGGGGGCGCCUUUAUCUCCUGCAUUUCGGAGUAUUCUACUUUUCCAAAAUCUAACAAAAACAACAACACGCUCAACAUUAGAGUCAUUUUUUGGCUAUGGUUACUGAGAUUUCGAUAGCGUCUAAUAAACCUACUUCAAACAAUGUCCUAACAAUCGUUGGUGAAAUACAUUUUUUUGUUUUUGUUUUUUGUGUGUGCAAUUUAUUAUAACAGUGAAAACAUAGUAAGGCGUAUGACAGUCCAGGCUCCAAGGGCACAGCCCUUUUGAGCAUACAAAAGUAACACAUAGAUAUUGUGAUCAACAAAGGUUUUGUAUUGGUGAAAUGCUUUUUGAUGCCAAUAUUCCAAAUGGAUUAGAAACCAUCACUGAAUAAACACAUCUUGGUUAAAACUAAGUUUUGGUUCAUAUAGAAGGGUGUGGAUUUACUAUGUCUAACACCAUUUAUAAAAAAGUGUAGAAUUUAGUUGUAAUAUGCAUAGCCUUGUUGCAGUGGCUGCUUUUUGUGUACGUGUUUUUUUUUUUUUUUGUUUUUUUUUUUUGGGCCGUGUGUGAUAUCAGAUUGCCAGACAAUGAGAGGGGUUGAAGUGGUCUUUUAGUAGUGGUCUACUGGAUGUGCAUUUCAUAUGUUUCCUUGCACCCAUAGAGGGGUGCUCUAGUCUCUCCGUGGAGAUCAGAGGAUCUAUCCUAUGGACCCAUUUGAGUAACAUGAGUAUGUCAUCCCACAUGCAGUAAGUUGCUGACCCCUGCCCUAGAAUGUGCACAAAUCUUUCCCUUAUUCCUCCUCUUGCUGGUAUGCAGAACUGUACUUGCUGAGCAUUGCAGGCUCCAGUGCAAUGUGGCAUUGUGGUUGCAAUAUACUAGGGAUCGAACGAUUAUUGAUCUGGCCGAUAUUUUUAGUAAUUUUUAGUAAUAUCCUUAUCUGCCUAUAAAGAUACUGAUUUUGCAGAUAAUGCAGACAAAAGCCAUCAUCCGGGCAUGACAACAGAUACGGUUGUCAUGGGCCCAGCGGUCCUGGGGGCCCCGCAGCACACUCUUCCUUAACUUCCCAGCAGCUCCCAUGUCUAAAUCUCGCAAGUCUGGCGGCGGUCAGAGUGCUGCCACGGAUUACCAUGGCAACGCGGUACGCAGGCUGCGAGAGUUAGACCGGAGAGCUGCUGGGAAGGAAAGUAAGUGUGCUGCGGAUCCCCUCUGCAGAGUCCAUGUGACCGGACCACCAGGUAAUGCCAUACCCCACCUCCCUGGCCAGGUAAGAAGCAGGGAGGGGGGACUAAUGCAUAAUGUUAAAAAAUGUAAUCUUUAAAAAAAUUUAAAUAAAAAAGCUUCCCCCCCAAUAUUUUAUACACAUUACAUACUUACACACACACACACACACACACACACACACUGCAUUAAUGAUAUACUCUACACACACUGUAAUCAUUCUAUACACCCUUCACACACACACACACUGUACAUUAAUUAUAUACACUACACAAAAACACUGUGUUCACUAUACACACACUACACAAACACACUCUGCAUUCAUUAUAUACACACUGCAUUCACAAUACAUCCACUACAGAAACACACACUGCAUCCACUAAUCAAGUACUCACUGCAUCCACUACACACACACACACAUUCUUGAAAACAUAAAAAAUUCUGACUGGCAUGUAUAUUUUGUGCAUUUACCUUAAAAGUAGAUUUGUGUAGAAGUAGUUUCUUUUUUCAAAAUGGUAAAUGUACAGAAUAUCAGUAAGUUAUCGGUAUCUGAUCUAAAAAAAUCGGUCGAUCCCUACAAUUUACAGUCAUUCUUUGUGUGGUAGAUUAACUGACUAGAUCUGGAUUGAAGAGAAAGGUAAUUGUAAUUGGAUUUCAUUUUGUAUUAUUUUGCAAUGUAAAACAAAGCAAAAAGGCAUGAUUACCUCAGGGUGGAAGGAAAGGUGUUAAAAUAAGUAAUCGAGAAACCAAAAAGCAUGAACAAAGUUGUAGUUUCUGAUUAAACUUUAGAAGGCACAACAAGCAUUCAUCACAAAGUUCUUGCAUAUAUAAUCUUUCUUAAAUUCCCUGUUAAUCUUUUCAGAUUUUUAAAGAAAUUCAACAAGAUUCAAAAGCUAAGAAGCAAUGGUUGGCCACAGCAGAGUUGGAGUGGACAAUUGCACAGGCCAAAGAACUGGUCCGACAAAAUAGGUACCCUUUUUCACUCUAAAAAUGCCAGAACUGAAGAGGUGUUGCUUUAUUUUGGCUUAGGCAACAUAUAGUCUCUGCACUUAUAACUAAUAUUUCAAAUAAUGGAGCUAAUUUUAGCUCUACCAUUAUGUAUUUUAAUUUUUUUUCACUUGACAUACUAAGGCAAGGCUGUUGAUUGUAUAUGUGUUGAGCUACAGAUACUUUUAAUGUGUUUUUAUUUAUUUUUAAAAGUCAUACGUUCUAUAAAUAUUGAGUACCCACUCUGUACCAUUUAAAUGGAUACUUGAAGGUGUGUGGCUAUGGGAGCAAACAUAAAGUAAUUUAACUGUUAAAUGGCAGAUCAUUGAGCAGUGGGACUAUCGGUGCAUGAUCUGUACAUUAAAACAACUUCAUUAAGCUAAAGUUGUUUUGCUGCUUAGCGUGUCCCCUUAAUUAUUAUGGUGCCCUGGUAAACCUGUGUAAAGUGUUUGUGGGUUUUUGUUUUUCUUGUGUGAAAAAUGUCUUUGGACCUUUUUGAACAUCCCUACAAAGACAGGAAUACAGGUUUGAACCAACGAAAUCACUAACACUAUAGUUACCUGUGCCCCCCCAGCAUGGAAAGGGUUAAACUCCCUCGCUGCUGGGUCAGCCCUUUACCUCCUCAGUCAUCAAAGGGGGGGACGGGGGGGGCGCUAAUGCGCAGCGAAUGCCUGAUUAGGCCCUCCCCACAGAAAAACAUUGCUUCCUAUGGGGAUUUAAUGAAUUCUGGAUGUCCUCACACAGAGUUUGAGAAUGUCCAGCUUCAGGCGACUAAAAGUCCGAUAAAAUCCCGGAAGCGCCUCUAGUGGCUGUCUGGGUUCUGCAAAAUGAACUUUGCAGUUUCUCAAUGAGAAAAAGUAGUUGGAGUGCCUAUAGCAGGCAAAGGCAACCUUCGGCACUCCAGAUGUUUUUGACUACACCUCCCAUGAUGCUUUGCUAGCAUUAUGGGUUUAAGAGCAUUGGGGAUCGACCGAUAUUGAUUUUUUUUUUUAUUUUUUUUUUUUAAGAGCAGAUACCGAUAUUCUGUGAACUUUGAGGCCGAUAGCCAAUAACUUACCGAUAUUCCUUACAUUUACCGUGUUUUGGGUUUUUUUUGCAAAUAAUUUUUUAUUAUUAAGGUAAAUGCACAAAAUAUACAUGCCAGUCAGAUUUUUUAUUUUAUUUUAAAUGUUUUCAAUAAUGUUUGUGUCGUGGAUUCAGUGAGAGUAUUUCAUUAGUGAAUGUAUUGUGAAUGGCGUAGUGUGUUUUAUAUAACGCAGAGUGUUUGUGUUAGGUAUGUGUAUAAAACCAGGGGGAUUUAAAAAAAAAAAAAAUUAUUUAUUUUUUUAGUCCCCCCUCCCUGCUUCUUACUUGACCAGGGAGGAGGGGAUAUGACAUUUCCUGGUGGUCCGGUGGCAUGGACUGUGCAGAGGGGGCCCAGCACACUCUUACCUUUCCAGCAGCUCCCAAUGUCUAAAUCUCGAGGCCAGCGUGCCAUGCGGAGCGUUGCCAUGGUAAUUCGUGGCAACGCUCUGAUGGCCGCGGGACUCGCGAGAUUUAGACAGGGGAGCUGCUGGAAGGUAAGUAAGAACUUGCUGCGGGCCCUCCAGGACCGCUGGGCUUGUCAUUGGCCCGGGGGUCCUGGUCUGCAUUAUAGGCAAUAUCGGUAUCUCUAUAGGGCGAUACCGAUAUAGCUGAAAAUACCGAAUAUCGGCCGACCCGAUAAUCGGUCGAUCCCUAAAGAGCAUUAAUGGGGAUGCAGUCCACAACAUCUGGCGUGCCAAAGGUGGCCUAUCCCUGGCUUAUAGCAUCCCUUUUAAAGGACAACUGUCCCCACUAAACUUGUAUAUAUUCUUUCUUAUAUCGGGAAAAAAUUACCAAAGAUCACUGUAAAACUGCCACCAGACAGUAUGCUAGCUGGGGUUAAUAAUACACUGUCCACAAUCCCACCAUCACAGAGACGAACAAGCUCAUAUAUACCACAGCAUUAGUGAUCUUCCAAAUGCUUGACUACAAGAUCAGACUGAAGGAGACUACCAGGGGGUCCCUGAGGAAGUCCUUCUCGGACGAAAAAUGUUGGACCUGGUACAGCACCACUUUUUAUUGUGUUUUUAUAUAUAUAUUUUAAAAGUAGAAUUGUUAUAUCCAACAUUCCGGAGUCCAGUCUCCUCAUCAAAAGGAAAGAGGAGCUGAUUUAGCCUCCCCCACUUUCAUCAGGGGAGGCACCCUUGGGUGAAAUAUUUUCUUCUAUCUUGUGAGUGUUGCCUGUAACAGCGCAUUUAUAUAUUUUUUUUUUUACAGUGUUACACUAUUAUUUGUUCUCUAUGUUGUAGAUCUGCAGCUGUAUUCUCCAUCUUUGUUUGCAUCUAAAUGGUAUUUAAAAUGGAUACGUGCUGGGAUAUCCCUGGAUAGUUACCACUAUCCAUUGAGAAGUGUUUUUUCACUACCCUAUUAUUUUUAGGUGUGGGUGAUUCUAUUCUUUUGUGUACAAGAGAAUAAAUGCCCUGUUUACCAAAGGACCAUCCAAGGUGUAUGCACUUCUACAGAGAAACCACAACAUAACCACCAGAGCAGAGACUCAACAGUACUGGUAGAAAUAGUCACCACAUAACACAAGGGUCCAGUGGCUACUAGACCUGAAAGCAGACCACUGCAUGCUCGCAGAACAGGAAACCGUCACAGGCAGAGAUGUGCAACAACGACUAGCCCACAUGCAUAAUUGGUCAGCCUCAAGUUCUAACAUGAUCCACACCUACUGGAUAAAGAAACUAACAAUGCUGCAUGAAUGCCUGGCAGCACAAGAGAACCGGCUACUAGCAACAGAGUCCCCUGAUGGUCUAACACAAGGUAGACCAAUACUGGUCAUAAAAGACCCUCACAAGAGAACCGCAAUGUCUAACUACCAACAAAUUGCAUUCCUCCCCUCAACAUGGAAGGUCCAGUCAGGCAUCAUGGACAUAUGAGUGAGUACAUGAACAAUAAUCAAAAAGAGGAUUGGAAACCACACCAGAGGCUCAAAACACAAACUAUUGACAGACUAACCCAUCAUACACGAUUUUAAGACAAGACAGACCAAUCUGUGCACAGCCUGGAUUGACUACAAGAGCGCCUAUGACACAAUACCACACACAUGGAUACUGAAAUGCUUGGCUCUAUACAAGGUCAGCAAGACACUAAAAACGUUCAAGAGCUCAGUGGGAAAACCACUCUAGAAGCCAAUUUCAGAGUAAUAACACAAGUGAACAUCAGAUGUGGCCUAUAUCAAGGUGAUGCACUAUCCCUGAUGCUGUUCUGUAGUCCUUAACCCCCUUAUCCAGAUUAUCAUUAAGAAUGGAUAUGGAUACAGGUUCAAGAGUGGAGCUACCAUCAGCAGCCAUCUCUACAUAGACGACAUCAAACUGUAUGCCAAAAGUGAGUAGGAUAUUGACUCACUGAUCCACCUUACUAGGAUAUACAGCAAAGACAUCGGAAUGUCAAUCAGACUGUAAAGUUGGGUGGAUGAUGGCAAAAAGCAGGAAGAUGAUCAGGACGGAAGGUGUUUAAGUACCAGUAGAUCAAACAUGCGAUGAAGAGAAAAGCUACUGCAAACGCAUGACAACCAUGAGGAAGUGUCAAGGAGGAUGGCAACAUCCAAUUGCCUCCAAAGAGUCAGACUGGUCCUGAAGCCCCAGCUCAAUUGCAAGAAAAAUAUCAAACCCAUCAACUCAUAUGCCCUACCAGUCAUCCGGUAUUAAGCUGGAAUUCUAACCAUAACCAGAUCAAGAGAAGAGCUGGUCACCAUGGAUGUCAAGACGCAAACUACUCACUAUGAAUGGAGGAUUCCACAAAAAAAUCCAGCACCCAGAUACUGUACACUAAUAUUGGCUUUUGUAACUAGACUCAAAGUUCUAUUUAAUAUUAUUAUUCAGUGGUUACUGCACGGUCAGACCCCAAAUUGUAAAUGUAAAUGUAAAUAACAUUGCUGUAGACCUAUGACCUUAAUGGCAGAUUGAUUUUUAUUUUUUUUUAUUGAUUUUUUUUAAUUCUUUUAUUUUUAAUCUAAAUCAUUAGUGGAAAUGCCAAAUACAAAUAUCAAGAAAAAUUUACUGAUUUAUUGGUAAACUCAAAUUGUUAGUAAUGGACAAAAUAUGUGGCUAAGCACACAGUUAGAGGAACUGUCACCUUUUUGUUGAUGACAGUUCCUCAUUUACUCAACUCAGCAAAACACUAAUGACGUGUUUUAAUAAAGUAAGGUGUGCAUCACAGAGGGAAUCCGAAACAAAACUUCCCUCUACUGCAGUUACAGGUGUUUGGGACCACCAUCUUCCCAACAUGGACACUAUCAUUUUCCCAAUUCACUCUGCACUUUCAAGCUCCAUACUCUUACAGAUUGCAUAAACACAUCUGAAAGUGGCGCAGCCAACAAAUGCCAGGCAUACGCUGUAUCUUCUAACACAACUAAACCAUUCCAAUGUCUACAAGAUUAUUUGUCAAUAGGAGUAUAUGGACUAUGAACUAUAAGAUCUUUAGGCAUCUCCGAUGUUACUUACUCAGUUUACCCUGAAAGCAGCUCACUUAUUUAUUACCUCAAGAGGGCUUAGGUGAUAAGCCUGAAUGGCACUUAAAGAAUAAGUAAAUCACUAUGUGCACCAAUGGCAAUCCCAUGCUGGGUCAUAGUGACCUUUCAAACAUUUACAGGUAGGACCAGCAUUAUGACAAUGAUUAAAAGGAACAUGCUUUGUAUUGGAGGACUGCAUCGUUAUGUUCCUACCGCACCUCUGUUUGCUUUAUUAUUCACCAAUCACACUUACUAGGGCAGGUCACUAAAUGUUUACACUCUUCAGACAUCAAAUACCAUUGAGGAUCUUCCAGUUUUUCUUACCAGUGGAGUGCAAUGGCUUUCACUUCGUUAUCAGAAAUGGCUUGCUUCCUAUGGAAUCUCACUUCUUCCUGCACCCAGUCAAUUGGAUGUCAAUAGCAUAACUCCCUGUAAUAGGGGUGUGCAGGUUCACUCAUUCAUGCAGUUUAUGGGUAUCAUGAACUUUAUUGGUAUCUGUAUUUUACGGGUUAUGGGUAAAGGAAAUACAUUUUAGGUUUAUGUUUCAAUGUAUUUGUUUUUAAAUGUUGAACACAUAUGUCCUAUGUUGCUUCUGGUGUCUUCUAUAUAUGCUUUGGUUCCACUAUUUUAACAUCUCUCAAGUCUGCUAUAUAAUAAACGUGAGUGUAUAUUUAGGUGAGUGUAGAAGGUGAAGGAAAAAAGGUACAUGGGUGUGUUUUUACUUUUGAGGUGUGCUGUCACAAUUUUAAAGUAAUAAAUAAGUAAACAAUUUUGAUAAUUAAAUCGAAUUCUUUAUAAAAACAUAAAAUGUGACCGCAGAGGAGAACCAUUCAGCCCAUCUGGUCUGCCCGAUUUUCUAAAUAAUUUCAUUAGUCUCUGGCCUUAUGUUAUAGUUGUGAUAUCCUUAUGCCUAUCCCACGCAUGCUUAAACUCCUUUACUGUGUUAACCUCUACCACUUCAGCUGGAUGGCUAUUCCAUGCAUCCACUACCCUCUCAGUAAAGUAAUACUUCCUGAUAUUUUUAAACCUUUGCUCCUCUUAUUUAAGACUAGGUCCUCUUGUUGUGGGAUUUUCUUCUUUUAAAUAUAGUUUCCUCCUUUACUGUGUUGAUUCCCUUUAUGUAUUUAAAUGUUUCUGUCAUACCCCCCAGUCUGGUAUUUCCUCCAAGCUAUACAUGUUAAAGGAGCACUAUAGGGUCAUAAACACACAUGUAUUCCUGACCCUAUAGGGUUAAAACCAAUAUCUAGCCACCCUGUCCCCCUCAUGUCUCCCUAAAAAUAGUAAAAAUCUUACUUGUAUUCAAGCCUGAAGCUGUAACUCUGCAUGCUGUUUGCCUCAGAAAAACAAGCUGUCUGCUGACAUCAUCAGAAGUGGUGGCCUUAUCCAAUCACAAUGCUUCCCCAUAGGAUUGGCUGAGACUGACAGAGGCAGAUCAGGGGCAGAGCCAGUACAAUUCAAACCCAGCCCUGUCCAAUCAGCAUCUCCUCAUAGAGAUGAAUUGAAUCAAUGAAUCUCUAUGAGGAAAGUUCAGUAUCUGCAUGCAAAGGGCGGAGAUACUGAAUGUUUGGAUGCAUUUUAGGCAGUCAUGACCCAGGAAGGAUCUCUAACAGCCAUCUGAGGAGUGGCCAGUGAAGUCAUCACUAGGCUGUAAUGUAAAUACUGCAUUUUCUCUGAAAAGACCGUGUUUACAGCAAAAAGCCUGACGGUAAUGAUUCUACUCACCAGAACAAAUUCAAUAAGCUGUAGUUGUUCUCGUGACUAUAGUGUCCCUUUAAGUUUGUUUAAACUUUCCUUGUAAGUUUAUUCCUGCAAUUCAUGAACCAAUUUAGUAUCCCUUCUCUGAACUCUCUGUAACAUAUCAAUAUCCUUCUGAGAUACGGUCUCCAGUACUGCGUACAAUACUCCAAGUGAAGUCUCAGCAGUGUUCUGUACAAUGGCAUGAGCACUUCGCUCUUUCUACUGCUAAUACAACCAAGCAUUCUGCUAGCAUUUCCUGCUGCUCUAUUACACUGUCUGCUUACCUUUAAGUCAUAAGAAAUAACCACCCCAUAAUCCCUUUCCUCAGAUGUUGAGGUUAGGACUCUAUCAAAUAUUCUUUACUCUGCCCUUGGGUUUUUGUUUCCAAGAUGCACGAUCUUGCACUUAUCCACAUUAAAUGUCAGUUGCCACAACCAUUUUUCUAGUUUACUUAAAUCAUUUGCCAUUUGGCUUAUCGCUCCUGGAACAUCAACCCUGUUACAUAUCUUAGUAUUAUCAGCAAAAAGACAUACAUUACCAUCAAGACCUUCAGCAAUAUCAUAAAUAUCAUAUAAUAAAAAUAAAGAGAAUGGGUCCAAGUACAGAUCCCUGAAGUACCUCACUAGUGACAAGCCAAUGCUUCGAAUAUAUUCCAUUGACUACAACCCUCUGUUGCCUGUCACUCAGCCACUGCCUUACCCAUUCAACAAUAUUGGAACCCAAACUUAAAGGACCACUAUAGGCAGUGGCGUACUAAGGGGGGUGGGUGCGGAGAGGGGGCGGUCUGCCCUGGUUGCCACUGGGUAGAGGGUGCCAUGACCCUGGUCAGGGAGCUGUAGGGGGCUGUAUGAGCUGUACAGCCGCACAGUGCCCAAUUGUAGUUAGGGUGCCGGGCGGCCAGAACAGCUCACACGCUAAGAGCAGCUGAACUGGCCGUACUGAAUGGGAAAGGGGGCUGAGCUUAUCAAAAUUGGGACGGAGCCAAACGGGGGGGGCUUAAUACGACUAUUACCUGCUGCUUUUACUGCUACACAUGGAGGUGCAGCUGAAAGGAAUACCUGCUUCCCCAACAAGCUUCAGGGAAUGACUUCAAGGAAUCUAGUCCUCCAGCCCACUGUCUGUAAGUAAGAGUGUGUGACUGUGUGUAAAACUGUCUGCCUGUGUGUGUGUGUGUGUGUAACUCUGACUGUGUGAGUGACUGUAUAUGUGACUGUCUGCCUGUAACAAUGUGUCUGCCUGUAACAGUGUGUCUGUGUGUAUGUGUGUCUGCCUGUAACUCUGUGUGUGUGACACUGCCUGCCUGCAGCGAUUUUGUAGAAGGGGGCAGGGGUUUUGUAUUGGGACAAGUCUUUUAUAAGGGGGGAUAAGCGGGGGGCUUUGUAGAUGGGGGCGCAGUACAGGAUUUGUAGAAGGGGGCAGGACAGGGGUUUUGUCGGAGGUGUCGGGGCAGGACAAGAGUUUUGUAGGAGGGGCUGACAGUGGUUUUGCAAAUUUUACAAAUUGUAAAUUAUAAAACAUUUAACAUUUUUAACAGGUUUUUCUUUUUUGGGGGGAUGGGGGGGCAGGGGGGCGGUCAAGAGGGUACAAAGCACAGGAUCCGUCCCGGGUGCCAAAUGCUCUAAGUACACCCCUGACUAUAGGCUCCCAGACCCCUUCAGCUCAAUGAAGUGGUCUGAGUGCCAGGUCCACUCAAUAGAAAUAUCUAAGAGGCGCAAAUUAAUACAAUCUUGUCACAUAUAGAUAAUAAACAUUUUAAGCAUUUUAUUUGUCUUUAAGUUUAAAAAUAUUGCUUACUAUAUUGGAUUUCAAUUGCAUAAAAUAGUUAAUACUUAGUAAUAUCUAUGCUAUACUGCCAGGUCCCUCUAGUAUUAACCCUGCAGCUGAAAACAUAGCAGUUUCAGAGCAACUGCUAUGUUUCACUGAAGGUUAAACCAGCCUCUAGUGGCUGUGUCACUGACUGCCGCUUGAGGCUGUUCCGCACUUCUCACUGUGAAAAUCACAAUGAGAAGACGCUGGACGUCCAUAGGAAAGCAUUGAGUAAUGCUUUCCGUUGGUUGGUUUGAAUGCACACGCAGCUCUGGCCGUGCAUGCGGCGCUGACGUCUGCAGGGGGAGGAGAGUUCGGCGCUGGAGAAAGGUAAGUGGCUAAAGGAGGUUUAACCCCCUCAGCCCAGCUGGAGUGGGACUCUGAGGGUGGGGGGGACCUAAAGACCCUACAGUGCCAGGAAAAUGAGUUUGUUUUCCUUUCACUAUAGUGGUCCUUUAACCCCUUAACGACGAGUGACGGACAAGGUCCGUCACUCGGGAAAGCGUUAAUGACGAGUGACGGACCUUGUCCGUCACGCGUUAAAAUUAACGCCUUUGCUGGGUGCCUCCAAGUCAGGGGCAGACCACCAGCAGCAAAUACCGAUAUCCCAGCCCAUGUGAUCGCUGUGACAGCCAGUCACAGCGGUCACAAUGCUGCUGGGAUAUCUGAUCCGCCUCCCUCCACCACGUGUGGGUUUGUGAAGUGGAGAGAGACGGAUCGUUGCAACAUUGUGUCCCAUAUGAAUAGUUAAGUUCUAUUAAAAGUUCCUAAUCCCUUUCCCCUUUAUUAAAAAAAUAAAUAAAAAAUAAAUAACCCUUUCCCUGCUGCUUGAUCACUGCUAGCAGUGAUCAAUAUACAGGUCACAGUGCUUUACUGUGAUCUAUUUUUUUUUUUCCCAAGGGUUAAAUUUAGUUUUUUGUAACCCUAAGGGGUUAAAUUUUAUUAUUAGAUUGUAUUUGUGAUUUAGUUACUUGGGUGGGUAGAAUUUAGUGGGAAUUAGGGAAUAAAAAAAAAAGUUAUUUAGUUAAAGUUUGGUUAGCUGUGUUAACUAUAUUAACAAUGUUUCGAAAGUAUAGCGUAGAGGAGGCUUAUUCCCUGUUGGCGGCCGACUCAGAGGCGACUGACACUGCCUCAGAGAGUGACGCAGGGGACAGGGACUAUGUGCCAGAUACUGCAGGACCAUCAGGGGAAAUUGACGAUUCCCCUAAUGCUGAACAUGGCGCAGAUGAUUGGGUACCCCCUAAUAAUUUUUCCCCAGACAUCCCAGUGUUUACAGCCAAUCCUGGCAUACAGACUGACUUGUCGGGCUAUAGUGCGCUGGAUGUUAUGCAGCUGUUCUUGGGGGGAUGAGAUUUUUGGGGAGAUAGUCACCCAGACUAAUCUCUAUGCGGAGCAGUAUCUGGCACGCAAUCCAGACUCUUAUCUCCAGGAAAGAGAGAUGGAACCCAACAAUUCUGGUUACUGACCAUGUUAAUGGGGCUAAUUAAAAAGCCCACAAUUAGGAUUUAUUGGUCUAAACAUCCUAUUUGCAAUACCCCCAUUUUUGCCGAGACAAUGACGAGGGAAAGAUAUGAAGACAUACUGCGAUUUAUGCACUUUAGUGACAAUAACAAGUGCCCCACAAAAGGUGAUCCGCAGUAUGAUCUUCUUUAUAAAAUAUGCCCUUUAAUUUCCCACUUUAAUAGUAAAUUUGCCACUAUACAUACCCCCAAUAAAAACAUUUCCAUUGACGAGUCCCUCAUGAAGUUUAAGGGAAGACUGGGGGACAAUAUAUGGGACAAUAUAUCCCAUCCAAAAGAUCUUGAUAUGGGAUCAAAUUUUAUAAACUGUGUGAAAGUGGCAGUGGCUACGUAUACACCUUCCGUGUAUACGAAGGAAGGGAUAGCCACCUUGAUCCUCCAGGUUGCCCAGAUAUAGUAGGGACAAGUGGGAAAAUUGUCUGGGACUUAAUAAUGCCACUAUUUAAUAAAGGUUAUCAUUUAUACAUCGAUAACUUUUGUAAUAGCAUCCCACUGUUAAAAAUGUUGUACUGCUUCGAGAUAAAAAGGAUGUAUUCAUCUUAACCACUAUCCAUGGUGAAAACACUCGGAGGGUCGCAGUUUGUGGCAGAGAGGAAUGUAAAAGAGUGCCAGUCUGCAUAAGGCAAUUUAAUCGGCAUAUGGGGGGGCAUUGACCUGUCCGAUCAACUGAUGCAGCUGUAUUUGAUCAUGCGAAAGACCAGGGCAUGGUAUAAAAAGUGGGCAUAUAUCUGAUGCAGAUGGCAAUCCACAAUGCCUGUCAUUUUUAAAAAGAAAAAUGCUGGGCUGAAAAGCACUUUUCUUUCAUUCCAGUUUGAGCUCAUUUUUGGGCUAAUUGAUUGCCACACAAGGAGACCAUCAGUGGAGCCUAGCAGAAGAAUGGAGGCAGGUCACUUCUGCUUUAAGAUUCCACCAACCCCUAAAAAACAAAACCCCCAGAAAAGGUGCAGGGUGUGUUACAAGAGGGGCGUAAGACCUGAGACCAGCUAUUACUGCCCUGAUUGCCCCUCUCAGCCCGGCCUAUGUAUUGGCCACUGUUUUAAAAAUUUUCACACCCAGGCCGAAUAAGUAGACCAGUUUUGGGGUGUGAUUUUUAGUUAUCUGUCUGAUUGGUUACUGAAUCUUGGCUUUGUCUCCCGCUUAUCCUGUCUUCUCUUAUCCUUGACCUCUGCUUGUCCUAUCGUUGUUCUGUUUCUCUUUACUCCUUUGACCUCUGCUUGUACCUUGACAAUUCUCUGCAUUUAUAUAUAUGUUACAUCAAUUUAAAGCCCUUUCUUUCCUUUAAAAAAACGGUAUAGAAUGUGUCGGUGCAAUAAAUUAGUAAAAUGCAAAUUGCAGUUGAACGCAAACAGCAAAAAAUGAAAAAAAUGCUGUUGUCAUUGAGUGAAAGACAAGCUUCUGAAGCUCUGUCCUUAAGGCAAACAGCAAAAAGACAUACCUUACCAUCAAGACCUUGUGCAAUAUCACUAAUAAAAAUAUUAAAGAGAAUGGGUCCAAGUACAGAUCCCUGAGGUACCCCACUGGUGACAAGUCCAAGCUUCGAAUAUAUUCCAUUAACUACAACCCUCUGUUGCCUGUCACUCAGCCACUGCCUUACCCAUUCAACAAUAUUGGAAUCCAAACUUAAAGAUUGCAGUUUAUUGAUAAGCUUUCUAUGUGCAACUGUCACUUCACCUCACUGGUAUUUCAUCCUUAUUGCAACUUGUGACCAUCAUUUGAAUUUGUCAUGUACAAAUGCAGAAGACUCAUACUUUCUCUCUCUUCCCUCCCUCCCUGAUCCCCUCCCUCCCCCUCUUUUUCAGUGCAGGAAAUGCAGCAGAUAUUCUUCUCGAGGAUGGCUUUAUAAUACCUACUGCAAAACAGCUAGCGACUUUGAAAAUAGAACCUGAAGGUGGAGUAUCCGUUUACACCAAUUACUAGAAGUCCAAAGCCAGACUAAGACUCCACAUUGAUUGGAUGAUACUUUCUGUUGGUUCUGACUCUUCCUGUGUAGUGUUUUAAGAUAGCAUAUGCAGUUGUAAUCAAACUUAUUCAAAAUCAAAUUUAUUGUUAAAAAUGUACAGGCGUUCAGCUGUUUGCAAUGAACAAAUCAACCAAAAGCAAUUGAAAUGGCUCCACACAACGAAUGAUUCAAGUGGUUUCCAUAUUUCAACUAAAAAAAAUCUACUUAUAAUGACUUCUCCAGUAUCAGAAUAAAUCAACCCCCUGAAAAGAUACUAUCUUGACCGCACAACAGCUGCUCUCUCAAGCACACCUGAUACAACUACCCAAGGACUUCAUUAGUUGCAUCAGGUGUGCUUGAGCUGGAACACUUGAAAUUACUGAACUGGCUAGGCGUUUGUUGUAAGCUUUUACAAUAAAAAUGAUUUUCAAUGGGAGUUGAAUAAUUUUUAAUUACAACUUUCUUUGUUUUACAUAACUUAUGUUGCCAAAACAUCGUGUUUGUUUGUUUUUUUGCCCAUUUCUUUUUUUACUGAACUGCAGACACGUGAAGCGACAAGCAAGAGUAACUUGUUGCAGUCGGCCCCCCAUUUUUUUUUAUUUUUUUUUCAGGCCUACCAGUUUGUUGGUUUUGGCACACCACAACUGACUUGCUACUUUUAGUAUAGCUAAAGGUCCUCGACCUUUGAAUGUAUAGUUUAAACUUAUUGUAUGUCUCCGACCAUAAAUGAGUGUAUAUAAUCUAUAUUUACAUUUAUAAUAUUGUUAUAUUAUUAUCAAUAUAAUAUAUACACAGACUUUUGUUACUUGUGGUUUUGGCGUUUUUGUUUUCCUUAAACGCACGAGGCAUGCAAAAUUUGUAUUGUUUAUAAGAUGCUAACUGUUUAUAAAGAUAUGUGGUUCUAGUUAACACCCGUAUUCUUAAUUUUCUUCUCACUAGCAAGGGUGUGGUAGAUUCUGAUAUCAAUUUAAUGUUUAAAUAUGAAACAUUGAUUUUUGCUUCCUCAGCCAGUCAACCUGAAAUAUCAGAAUUCAUAUACUGUUUGAUACAGAGGUUGUUGUGGUAUUUUUUAAUUUUAUUUUUAAGGAGAGAUCCAUCGGAUUAGGCGGUUUCUCUGGAAGCAUCUCUAAGUAUUUACAUAUUGACAAACUUUGUUUCUUUGGUGUAUUCCCCCAGUAGAGGGCUGGAAACCUUCUGCACUCCAGAUGUGGACCCCAUCUUCCCAGAUGAUUUGUCAGCUUUAUGGCUGUAAGAGCAUUAUGGUAGAUUUACUCCGCAACAUUAGUUAUGAAGAUCGUUAAAGGAGCAGUAUAGGGUCUGGAGCACAAACCUGUAUAUCUGACCCUAUAGUGUUAAAACCACCAUCUGGCCCCCUCUUGCGUUCCUAAAUAUAGUAAAAUCUUACUUGUAUUCAAGUCUGCAACUGCUGCUUCAGGCCCUGUCUGCUGACAUCAUCAAAAGUGGUGGUUUGAGCCAAUCACAAUGCUUCCCUCUUAGGAUUGGGAUUGUCAAGGAGGCAGAGCCAUGCACAAGUCAAACACAGUCCUGGCCAAUCAACAUCUCCUCAUAGAGAUGAAUUGAAUGAAUGCAUCUCUAUGAGGAAAGGUCUGAGUCUGCAUGCAGAGGGAGAAGAUAGUAAAUGGUAUUGCUGCACAUUAGGCAGGACUACUUAAGGAAGCACCUUGAGCAGCCAUCUGAGGAGUGGCCAGUGGCGUUACGAAUGUUGCCUACCUCAUACCAAGUAAUUUAUCGUUUUGCAGUGUUUAGCAUGCAUAGAGACAAGUGGGGCUAGAAAUCUUUUUUAGUUGUUUUUGCUAUUGUUUGGGAAUACAUUCACAAGUAUCUGGUCCUCCUUAAGCCACAUUUUUUCCAUCAACACUUUUGAUGGUUAUCUUUAACUGGCUGCUUAGAGAUUGCGAGUCUGAAUGUUUUUCUCAUUCUAGAACUGAAAUCCCUGUAGUGUGUCCAAUCUCUCCUCCCACUUCUUGGCUAUUGGAGUGAAAGCCAUCUUUAGCCUAGUAAGGCGUCUGUACAUGACAGAGCUGAUGUUUACCAUUCCUCUUCAGAGAUGCAAAUGGACCCCCUAUCCCUCUGGUUCCCUUGUAGCAUCCUUGUAGCUUACACAUAGUAGGGCUAAAGGAGAACUCUGUGAGCCAGCAGGUAUUGCAGGUUAGGAUUAUAAAUUCCACACCCCUGUAAAUGUGAGAAAUGUUAAAUAAAAUGAACUUGCUUAUUGCAGGCCUUACUAAAGUUUGCUUUGCUUAUUGCUUUUAUUGUAUGUGUAAGCUUGUUCUAAAGUAGUUCUAAACCGUUUUAUGGGAUAUGAAUACUAUAUAACGCUCAAACGCCAAUUUAUAUGUUAACUAUCCAUUUCUAAGAAUUUUCCCAUUUUGUGACGGCCUUAUAGAUUAAAGGGAAAACUAAAUGUCAGUUUGUUUUUCUCAGGCAUCGUUAUAUGUAAGGUAAAGCGGGCACUUAAUUUACUUGUAUUUGACUGAUUUUCCACUUUGUGUUGUUUUGCAGAUAGUGAUGAAAACUUGCAUCUCCCCCGUGUGCUAUUCCGUUUCUGGCAGCCACUGCUCAAGGUCUUGCAUGCUCAGGCAUUUACGCAGGAAUUAUUGGAGAAAAUGUUCUCUGAAUUAGGUCAUUGCUCGGAGACUGAUAAUGACUUUAGAGCCCACUAUCUUAGCUGUUGGAUAUCAGAGAUCUUGACAGCCAAUCAAAGAGCUGGUAGGUUUGGGGAAUUGGCAACAUACAUUCUGAGGAAGAUGAGCCUCAAAUGUGAACGAAAAGCUCAAUUUAAUAAAUUGCCAGCAACUGUUCAUUUUGUUUGACAUGCCUGUUGGAUUGGUGCAUGAAAGCACCUCAUAAAAGAAAAGGUGCGUGAAAGAGUUUUGUGAAAUAGCCAAACCUAGAUAAAUGUAUUUCUAAAAGAAAAACCAUAAAAAUAUAAAGUGCGAUAAUAUAUGUACUAAAAAAAAAUAACCCAUCCCAAGAUGGCAACUUACAAAAGGAGAGUGGAUGUGUGCCUCUUGGACAAUCACUCUGGGAGGGGAACCUUAGAUCCUGUAACCGGCAGAUCCAAAAUCAGGACAAGGAUGGAGAUGAGUCAGAUAUACAGAGAUAUUGGUGAUAUUUUUUUAAAGAUUAUAAACUUUAAAAACAUCAGCACUGGAGUUCUUUAUCAAUAAGUGGACUGAGGAUUCAACUUCUUAGUCCAGGCUUCCUCAAACUUUGGCUCUCUAGAUGUUGCUGAACUACUACUCCUAUGAUUCUAUGAAUGAAAUACAGUCUGAGAAUCAUGGGAGUUGUAGUUCAGCAACAUCUGGAGGGCUGGAAUUUGGGAAGCAUGUCUUAGUCUCUUCUGUAUUCAUGACAUCACAUGAUGAUGUGUUUCACCCCUCCCAUUUGGGCUUUGUUUAUAUAUUGGCAAUAUCUCUGGAUACCUGGCAGUCGUCUCCAUCUCCAAUGUUCUCAAGGCACUGAAUGUCUAAGCUGCACACAGCCACUCUCCCUUUGUAAAGAUGCCAUAAUUGGGUGGGAUUUUUAAAGCAUAUAUUUUUAAUAACAUGCAAUAUAUUACUGUAUUUGUUUUUAUCCUUUCAGGAAUUUACAUCCGUCUGGCUAGAAUUAUUUAAAAAAAUUCUUCUAUGGACAUUUUAUUUUUUGAGGUGCCAUCAUUAAAGGGAAUUAUGUCGUUUAUGGGAUUUUGUUUAAAUUCUAUAACUUCAUGGAAUGCACCUUUUAAAUUACAUAUUGUCUACAUGUGUUGCCUCCCUUCUAGUGCUGUGAAAGAAUACUUCGUCUAUAUUAGUUUAAAAUUUUUGUUUAAAUUAUUAUUUUUCCUCAAACAGAGAGAAAAUGCGUCAUUCCCUCUCGCAAUCAGGCAGCAGUGAAAAGCAAAUGGAAACUGUUUGCUCACCGGGUGGGUUUGCAGUGGAAAAAAUUAAUGCAGAAAUGCCUUGAGUCUCCUUGCCAAGCGACUCCAGACCUCUUAAGACUGUAAGUAAGCCCUGCAUAUUGCAAAAACUGAGAAUCAACACUAUGUAACCAAGUCAACUAUACAGAACUGGAAAAGAGUUGGGAGUAAAACUGGUCUCCUUAAUUGUCAAUAUUAUGGAAACCAUGCAUGGGCAGGCUGCAAAAAGAAUUGGGUAAAUGGGAGGUUUUAGUUAUGGGGAAGGGCUAGAAUAUUUGAACUUGUUUACGUGAAAUAAAUAAAACACUUUUCAGGAGGAUAUGAUCUAUUUACACACCAGUAGCCCAAAACCACUCCCUGUUCAUUCAUAGGACUGUACAACUGCAAGAAAUAAAACAUGAAAGCUCAAAGAAUGGAAUUUUUUUUCAUGUGGCAGUAGAAUUCUUUUCAGUAAGCACAAUAAAGAUGUUGAUGCCUAAAGUGGUGGUGAUAUCGGCUUUGUGUAGUUUUUUUUUUUUUUUUUGUUUGUUUGAUUGGGGGGAAAAAAACAGGAAUAUUCAAGGAUUUAAUAGUUAAUAUGUGGGUUAUAACUCUUGGCUCUGAAAGACAAACCAUUGCCAUUUUGGGGUCAAGAAAUAAUAUUUUCCUGUUUUGUUACAGAAUUGGAAUAUACAAAUUUAUUAUUUUUUGUCUUAUUUUUAGAUUGACCGAAUAAAUUAAUUUUUUUUCCCCAGCUUAUUUUUUACUAUGCCUUUUAGGUUUACUAAACUUAGUUAAAAUAAUGCAUCUGUGAUGUUUGAACAGAGGAAGACUUCUUAAAACCAUAUGCUAACAGGAUUAUUCACUAAACUAAGAAUUGUGGAGCAUCAGCAAUAUAAUAGCAAAUUUUAGAUUAGAGCAGUCAAAUUAGAAACACUCUUCAAUAUGACUGAGCUCACCUAUCUCAACUUUUUCUUGCCAACUAUUUAACGUUCCUAGGUUAGUAAAUUAUUUUACUUGUAUUUAGAACAAACAAAUUACUGUAGGUUGUAUGCAAAAUAUGUCCUGGUUUUUAAUUUAUUUUUACCUCAUUGCACAUUAAAAGGAGUUUCUCUAGACUCUGAAUAAAUAUUCCCUUAUUAAUGCGUUAAAAAAUAAAAUAUCUAAAAAAAUUUUUUAAAGAAACGAAGAUGUUCAGUAUUUUCGCUUCUGCAAUGCGCUUACAAAAUGAGUGAAAACACUCAAAUGUUGUUUAUGUUGUGAUCUACCCCAAAAUUCUUUGUUCUCUUUUUACAUGCAGCUCAUCCUGUCUAGCUGACAUAGUUUAUAUGCAUCAUUGAGUGUCACAGUCUCCUUCAAUCCGCGUUGUGGAAUGUCUUUGAGAGUGUUGAGCAUAUUUCAUCAUAUAUACACCAAGAAGCAGCGAUUUGUGUUCUUCUAAAAUCUUAGAACAGAUUCCAUAGACACUGCAUUAUAUAACUUUACAAGAUUAUAUUGCAGUCAAGCAACAGUGCACGGUCUACUGAUGAUUAAUUUUAUGAUCCUGAAAAUAACACCAAUGUAUACUUUAAAGGAAAUAAUUGAUGAAUCUUUUGAAGCAGACACACAUCUUCUUAAUUUUUUUUUCUUUAGGAUCUUUGCAUAUAUGAAGCCCAGUCUAUCUUCUAACACCCAGGAGAAGCUUCUGUGUCUCUGCUCUAUCUAUGUUCAGGAUGAUGACUCUGAUGUAUCUGUGGACUACAGUGACCAGCCCAUUUACACGGUGGAAAGCCUGGAGUGGAAAAUAAGGCAGGAAUCCAAGAGCAGAGGUUUUAAUUCAUGGGCGAGACCAGCAAUGGAAGAAGAGGAAGAACCGGACACUAGUGAGCACACAGAGGAUGAAGAGAUGAUUACUGAAGAGUCCUAUGAGGAAGAAUACAUUCAAAUAAUAAAUGCAAAGAUGGCUAAAGAGCAGAAAACGGCAUUACAGGGCUCUGCAUGGAGUGUUAGUGCAGGUAUAAGCAGUUUAUCUAAAUUUCUAUUGUGAGGUUAAAUUCUUUUAAAGAACUAUUGUUACUUUAAUGAAAUGCCUUUGUCACACCAUCUAGGCUGCCAUUCAGACAGCUGGGAGGAUUUCCUACAUAAUCGCCUUUUUAAAGGAUCACUAUAGUGUCAGGAAAACAAACUCCUUUUCCUGACACCAUAUAAUCCUUAGGUCUCCCCCUCCCACUGGGCUGAAGGGGUUAAAACCCCUCCAGCCACUUACCUUUAUCCAGCACAGGCUCCCUUGGCGUUGGUGACCUCUCCUCCCCCUCUGACGUCAGCUCCUGAGUGGAGCCGAAUGCACAUGCGCGGCCAGAGCAUUUAAACGCCCAAAAACGUACGACUUUCUGUGUGAUCAAUGCGAUUUUCGCAUUGAGCAUCACGGAAGUGCCCUGGAGGCUGUCUUCCUGAAACUGCUAUGUUUACAGCUGCAGGGUUAAAACCUGGGGGACCUGGCACCCAGACCACUUCAUUGAGCCAAAGUGGUCUGGGUGACUAUAGUGGUCCUUUAAGUAUAUUUCACAGUGGAUGUCAGUGGUUGCACCAAUCUCUGUGCCUGCCCUUCGUAUAUUUCUGAGUGAGGUGUACAUGUAUUAUAGCUCAGUGACGCGUAUGAUUGGCCAGUAGCACACAUGCAGGAUUUGGCUUCUGACUGGACAGUGUCCAGCAUAGAUUCGAAAGGCGCUGCUGGAUAAAAAAAUGACAGGGCACACAGCAGCUGCACAAACUAGUUCUGCAGUAAAUCUAAGCUAGCUUUCUUAUAUAAAUCAAUGCAAUGCAUUUUGCCACUACAUCUACUGUAUGGUUAAAAAAAAGUGUGUGUGUGUGUGUGUAUAUACACACACAUUUGUGUCUCUUUAAAAACAAUAUGGCAUGUCGUGAAACUUGACAUGACGUUGAACAUAAAAUACAAUAACCGUACAGCUCUGCCAUUAACAAUUUAUAGUCUAGGUCUGGGAGGAGGUUGGGGGGGGGAAAUGGAUGCUGAAGAUCAAGAUUGGUUAGAGGUGAAAUUUUUUAAAUCCAAUGGAGAUGAAAUGUGUAAGAACUAUUGUCAUUCUCCAUUGACCAAUGUUUCAGGUGACUGUUCUGUAUUAUAUCAUGGGCAUACAUGUUUUAUAACUCUUGUUUAAUAUUUUGCUCACCAGGACAAUAAUGUAAUGUACCCAAUGUUAUUAAACCUAGGAGAUAAAGAUUCUUUGUUUUUGUCUUUCAGAUAAUGUGAAGUGGGGUGAGUAUCCUCUUGGUGUUGUUCCGGGACAGAUUGAUGAUCCAGGCUGCCUUAUGAUUGAGCGCUACUCUAUCAUGUCUGUGCUUGAACAGCAGGAUGCAGAGGGAAAGCAGAAUGGACAUGCUGACGCCACAAGGUAAAUAUUGAAUCUCAACUGAAAUAGUUUGUGUUGCAAAAUUGUGAAUUAAAUUGUAAUACCAGGAAGUAAGCCAGCAGUUUCCAUGUUUAGAUGCAGUCUAGGCAAACAACUCUUUCAGAGCAUGGCAAAUAAAGCCUGGUUUGCCAACCAGCAAAGCGGAUAUUUGUCUACAGAUGGCUAAUCUUACCACAAAUGUGCAUUUUUUUUAAUUUUUUUUUCCCUUUUCAGAUAUGUUUGCAUGGUAAAUGAGAAAUCUACACCCAGAAGAGGUUUUUUUUUUAAGGCUUUUGAUAAGUAACUCUAGACCUGUAGCAAAUUGACUAGAAUUCAGAGUUCUAGUUCCAACAAUACAUUUAGCAAUUUAUUUGAGGGGUUUGUGGUGUUAGGGUUUUUUUUUUCUUCUUACGAUUCCAGAGGUGAAAUAAGUGAAUUCAAGCCACACUGUACCAUAGCUAGACAAAGAAAAAAUCCUGCUGUAUCUGGAAUAUCUUUGAACCGUAAAAGCUGUAAUAGACCAUAAAAGAAAGGGUGAAGAUUAGGAAAAGGGGGAGAAAAGGGAAGUCUGGGCUCAUAAAAUUGGGGAUCCCGAUAGUAGCUCUGCAUACACAGAAAAAAAAGUACGUAGCAACUAGUUAAUAGGAAAGGUGGGGGCACACAUACAGGAAUGGAGAAAAUGGAAAAGGUGAGAAAAGAAUGGGCAAAAAAGACGCCCUAUCUAAACCAUUUGAAACUGUCUGAGAAGAGAGUCCUUAAAAUAGCAAAAUAGUAAGAGAUAGGGAGGAGGAGGAAUAUAACAGUCCAAAAAGCAUUUCCCAAUGUAGAUACUAAGGUCCCCUAUAACUCAAAGUAACUCGGGUUGAAUGGACUAAUGGAGGUUACUACCUCACAGAAAGAAAAGAGAGAGUGCCCACACUACGAACAGAAAGACAGGUGAGCUGUAAUGCUAGGUGGAUGAGUCUUCAGGGGUGAGCAAACCCAACCCCUAAGCUGAGACCAGACCACCCCAACAAACCUGACACUGUCCAAGCACCAAAACCUAAAUAAACGAACUUAAUUAAACCAUACUAACUACCUAAGUGCUACCUAGUGCAGAAUAAUAAAAUAAAGAGACGCUCAACUCGCGUUUCGGCGUAAAUAUACACCGUCGUCAGGAGCUAUUAAGUUGCAUGUCCCACUCUCGGGUUUAAAUACUUCCAUUUGAGAGAAAGCUGAUCCGACAUGCUGGGAGGGGGGGAAGUGAGUGAUGGCAAGUCGCCACUCCCCCUGCUCAACGUCUCGUCAGUUGGCCCACAGCCAUUGGAUUAGAGCCAUGCCUGUCCUGCAAGCUGGGCGUGGGGAGGCAAGUGGCGUGGUAUCGCCACACCCCCUACCCGAUGUCACGUCAAUUAGCGAACGCUAGACCGAUCGAUGCAGGGGGGUGGCAGCUAGGCACACCUUCUUCUGACAUUGCGGCUAGCAAAAGAAUGAUUAACGGGUGACGAAAUUUAUCGUCACGCCUACUGAUCGUGUUCGGGCAUAAAUCAACUGUGCCAGCAGUGAUUACAAGGUGGAUCAAUGUGUCAGAAUAUUGACACAAAUCCCUUUGGUCUUAAUUAGUGUAUAUCCAUUAUUGGAAUGGUAGGCAAAAAGUCCCAAUGGUGCAUCUCUUAGAAACUUACUAAAUGUUCCAAGAUCAUGUUGAGUCUAUAUGGUACUACUGUUUAUAUGGUACCAUUUAAGUAAUAACAUUAUGGUGUUAGAACUCCAUAAUUAUUAUACUUCAUGAUAUCAUAAUAUCUAAUGUUUAAGAAACAGGCUUCCACUAUUGACCCUUUGUCAAAAAGGUCUCUCUAUAUAGCUGCACGCGUUUAAACAUAAAGGAGGAUUUACCCUAGCAAAUUAGGGCUCAUAUGUCCUGAUAUCCUUAAUUGUCUACGUGUGGUGCAUCCAUGUGAAAGUAUAUGCUCAGAGUAUAUAGGGAUGUCCUGAUCCUUAACUAUUUGAGCAAAUUGGAAAAAUAAAGAGGUACACCAUUAGGAGUAUAAGUAUUAAUACUGAGUGGUUGUGGGGAACGAUAUCUAGGAUCAGCCAUAAGGUAUAGUAAGGUACAAACCAGUGGGAUCUAUGCAAACUAUUUAAUAUGAAAAAAUUAAAAAACUUUAAUUAGUUAUUUACAUAUAAACAUAUUUACCGACCGCAUACAAUCAAGUAGAAUAGGUCGGUACAUUCCUUUUUUUUUUUUUAUGUAAAGUACCUAGACGUCUAUAGGAAUAACGAGAAAGAAAAACUCUCAUUUAGUCCCUGUGGUGAAAGUGUUUUUUGUUUAUAUAUCCAGUAAGAUUCUCUUUGCAUUAGCUUACGGUCCCAAUCCCCUUUCCGUUGAGUUUGGGGUAUGAGUUCUAAGCCCAUAAAGCGUAUCUUACUGGAUGAGUUGGCAUGAUGUAUCUUGAGGUUCCUAUAUAUUGGUGUUUCUAGUCGCCUUCUAACAGAAUUAACAUGUUCCCUAAUUCGAAAUUUAAAUGGGCAGAAUGUCUUUCCGACAUAUUUAAUUCCGCAGGAGCAUGUUAGAAGGUAAAUCACCACUUCUGUACGGCAAUUGAAGGACUGUACACAGUGGGAAUCUUGGUUCAGGCUGCCAGAAAUACCUUAGUUUCUUUAGCUAUGUAUUGACAGGCACUGCAAUGACCACAUUUAUACGUGCCUUUUAGGUAGAUAUACUUUUUGAGAGCUACUGGGAAACCGAGAUGACUGGGUACCAGUAGGUCUCUAAAAUUCUUGCUCACUCAUUGUUGUUCCCCAUAAGGAGAAUGAAGAGUAUGGACUUCUGGCAUCUUAUUACAAACACUUUUGCAAUUCCUGCUAGAUGAGUCCAAAUGAGCUUUUCACAUGUAGGCAUCUUUAAGGUACAGGAAAAGUAUAAAUAAAUUAAAUGACCACUAUAGUGCCAGGAAAACCUCGUUUUCCUGGCACUAUAGGGCCCUGAGGGUGCCCCUACGGGGACCUCUUCUCCUCCCCGUCGGCUGAAUGCGCACGCGCGGCAAGAGCCGCGCGCGCAUUCAGCCGGUCACAUAGGAAAGUAUUCAUAAUGCUUUCCUAUGGACGCUUGCGUGCUCUCCCUGUGAAAAUCACAGUGAGAAGCACGCAAGCGCCUCUAGCGGCUGUCAAUGAGACAGCAGCUAGAGGAAAUAGGGGAAGGCUUAACCCAUUCAUAAACAUAGCAGUUUCUGUGAAACUGCUAUGUUUAUGCAAAAAUGGGUUAACCCUAGCUGGACCAGGCACCCAGACCACUUCAUUAAGCUGAAGUGGUCUGAGUGCCUAGAGUGGUCCUUUAAUCUUAACUAUGUUGGCAUGUCAUAUUCUGGAAAUGUUAAGAGAUGAGUUGUAGAGUAAGGGCCAUAGAUUUGUCAAAAUUUAUUUUGUAUUCCGAAAGACUCAGAGCAAUAAAACAAGGGCCAACAAUGAGAGGAUUGGAAGAGUGCGAGUGCUUCCAACAGACACAGCAACUGCAUGCCUGUAUCUAAUCUACACAUUGCAUCAAAUGUGUAUGUACCUGGAGUAUCCCUUUAAAGUGGAAAUAACCAUGGUCUUACCAGAGAUGCCAUUAACCUGUAUUUAGACCAAUCAUUAAGAAAGUGAGUUAUUCACCAACUCUUGCUGCAGGUGAACUGAAAGAAAAUGAAACAUUCAGUUAAAGGUUUAAAAAGCAAUAAUAAAUACAAUUAAUCAUAGGACUCAGGUUUCUUUUUAACGAAUACAGACAUACAUUUUCUUUAGAACACAAUUAAUAUUAUUCUCUUAUUAGCACAUUUGUUAUGUUAUAAUAACAUCUCGUUUUUACCAUCUUAGUCUAGGUUAUAGGUUUGACUCCUAUUCGAGUCCUACUGGGGUAGAUCUACAAAGAGGUCUUUUUUUUUUGGGGGAGAGGAACAGUUGAUGAGCAUGCUGAGUAGGAGCUUGCCUUCAUUCUCUACCCUUUCUCCUCACUACAUAUAAAUCAUUGUAUGGUAUACCUUGCAACAUGGCUGUUUCUCAACUAUCCCAUAAAGAAGUUCACCUUACUUUUGGUUACUGAUGUGGUUGUAGUCCCAAAGAUGAGCUGUGGGCUUACAUCCCUAGCUGUGAGUUACUUGGAAACAAAAAUAUGCACAGCAGUGUCCUAACUUGGAAAUCUCUGCAAGGAGCAGCAACAGAUUGUUGGACAAUGUUGCUUCUUCCUUCUGAUGUUCCCAUUAUUACUGCUGUAGAUCUACAGUCUUUGUCAAGUCUUAUGUUCCUAAAUGAUCCUUCUCCCUGAAAGCAACAACUUAUUGGAUUUCAUAAUGCAUUAUGAAACAUUGACAGCCUCAAAGAAUGUACUUUGUGAGCCUUGACUAUUGCUUUCAGGAAGAAAGUCCUUUAUAUGAGUGUUAAGUUCUCACAAGCAGAUCUAAAGUAUUUCCUGACCCCUCUAGUUUGUGACAUGGCAGUUUACAUCAUCAUGUAUGGUAUGAGGAUUCUUAAAGAUCAUUGUGAACAGAACUUAUUAUUUGAGUCCCAAAGAUUAUUUUACAAAAUCAAUGCAUUUUUUUGUUGGCAGCUCUCCUAUUGUGCCCUCUUCCUCACCGGAAACUGUGCUCUGGAGCCAGGCAGAGCUGAAUAAUAUUAAAGCGGGGCUGCGGUUAUUCUGAAGGCUUGUGUUCAUUUCUGUUACCAAUGAAAAUAAUGUAUUUUGGGAGAACAUCCAAGGCUACAUACACAACUGAUCAUUCCAAAACCAAGAGAGAAACUGAGCUGUCUCUUGGACUUUGACUUAGGUGGAUUCAAGUUAUUUGACAAUCUUGGGGGGAAAAAAAUCUGACAAAACGGAGUCCCCUUAAUUGUAGGGCCUUCCCUUCUCCUCCACUCUAGCGUGUUUAUUUUUUUUGUACAUUUAAUAAAAAAUAAAAUCUUAAUAUGGCUGGC